GGCUACUUAGCGCGCUAGGAAGUGACGCCUUCCCAGAAUCCUAGCGAAAGGCACUCAAAAGUUGGGGUUUGGUUGCCUGCGGGAUUCCCCCAUCCGCCGCCGCCCCCGUUUCUUCAUGGGCUUCUUGUUGGCGGUGGAUUCCUCUGCCCCGGACUUGACUCAGGACAGGACUUGUUGCAGCGACUCUCUGCGACUGAAGGUGAGCAAAACUUUCGCGCUCGGUUUGGACGCUGGGUGUUUGUUUCCUUGUCCUUUGGUGCCUGGAUUAAUAUAGUCUGGGUGGUGUAGCAGGAGAUCUCGUUUUCUUGCUACUUCCAACCCGCUCCGCCUCCCACUUCCAAAAGAGAGAGAGAGAUGCAAGUGGAUUAUUGGGUUUGGCUCGGGUAGAUGUGAAGUGGAGCAGACAGAAUGGGGAUCCGGAGUUUUUCUGGGAUGGCGGAGAAAACGGUUUGGCGUUGCUGGGGCAAAAGUGACAGCAGCUGCUGCAGCAGCCGACUGAACUGUGUGUGUGUGUGUGUGUGUGUGUGUGUGUGUGUGUGGAGUUGGGGGGAGGAUCUGAAGUCCACCCUCUUCGGACUAACUCGGUUCUGUCGCUUCUCGCCUCCGGAACCUGCGAGCGUCUCUGCAAAAGAGGCUUUUAGCGAGUAGUAUUUCGUCUCGGAUCAAAUCCGCCCGUGCAUUUAAAAAACAACAACAAUCCACGUUUUGCAUUUUUGUUCGUUUGUUUACUCCGGCGCUGGUGGCUCAAGUUUAUUCCGCAGACAAAAGAGUCCUGUUGGACGAGCCCUUGCUGCUGACUUCGCACCGGGGGCGGGGGUGGGGGGUGGGAGAGAGAGAGAGAGAGAGAGAGAGAGAGAGAGAGAGAGAGUCGAAGUGGCUCUUUCUAAAUAUGGGACGAGCCUGUGCUGAGGAAACAGAAGCAGCCUUGCCCGCCUUCUUGCAACAAAUGAUGACGUCUCAUCAGGCUGCAAAGGAUCUUUUGGGAUUUAAACGAGCUCCCCCCCACCCGUCGUGGCCUGGUUUUUUUUUUAUGUAAAACAAAACAAAACAAAACAAAACAAAACAAAACAAAACAAAACAGAAAGACACCUUUAGGACAAAAGCUUGUUGCACGGCACUUCUGGCAGAUGUUGUGUGCUGUUAAUCAUGCAGUAACUGUAAAGGACGGGUACUUUGGCAGUUCGUCGACAAAGCUGUCCAAACACCCACUUGCAUAUGUGACUGUGCCUUGCACAAUCCAAGUCUUAUGAUAAGCCUGGAUGAAGGUUUAUUUUGGAUGUAUUAGGCUUGCAGGCUGCACAUUGGACAUGUUUUUUGCUUUGCUUUUUGGUUCUGUUGAAUUCUGCCCUGAGCUCUUGCUUGCUGUGAUAUUAUAUACGUAUUAUUGUAUUGCAUUAUAUGUAUUAUUGAUAUGUAUUAGCAUGGAUAAAACAAAAGUUUUACUGAGGUUUGAGACAGAUGAAGGGAGCUGCUGUUUCUCAGCGGAAGGGCAUCUGCUUUCAAUGCAAAGGCCCCAGGUGCAGUCCAUGGAAUUUCCAGGUACAGCUAGAAGAGACUCCAAUCUGAAAUACUGAUGAGCCAUUGACAGUGUAAACACGGUACAGAGCUUGGUGGACUAAUGUUUUUUUUUAUGUAAAACAAAACAAAAUAGAAAGACACCUUUAGGACAAAAGCUUGUUGCACGGCAUAACGCAGUUUCCUGUGUUUUCUGCAAAGAGGUGUUGGUGUUGGGGAAAGAAAAGCAAAGAAAGCAAACAAAAAUGAUAAUUGCGCAAUCUGAACAAGCUGUUCAGACACACAUGACUGUUUACCUCUGUGUCGUGGGAAGUUGCUUCUAAGUUUUUGUUAUUGCAACUGCUACCUUAACAGUGCAUCUGGGUAUCUUUCAGUACUGUCAAUGCAAGACAGAAUGUGCAACAGAAACAUAGUCACUGUAUGUUUCGGAUCUACGUUAUAGAUCAACUGACGCACCAGCUGAUUCGUAUGCCUCUCACUUUUGAAAAUAAAAAUUGCUGCUGGUGUAUGAGUGCCUGCAAUCAAAGUGCACUCAGCACUUUAUUGCAGAUAUGGUUUCUGGGUAUUACGUGGAGUCUGAUCAAAAGUUUUAUCUGGUUGCAUCAUAUAAAAACCAUGAGGAUCUCACAAGCAUAGCUGACAUGUAUCUUUUAAUAUUCCAGGGGUGAUUGCAUAAGAGUACAUGAAGAGGAUUCUGCAAAACCCUGUCUCUACUAGGGGGGCAGAUUUGUGCUUCAAAUAAAGAACUGAUAAAUUGCUCCUUAGGUAGCUGCCAAGUUCCUGCUUGACCUCAAGUAUAUGAUCCUCCUUGGAGUCUUCCCAAUAAUAGGUGGAAGAUGUGCAUUUAAGGUUGUACUUGCACUUACAAAAAAGGAAAGGAGAAGAGAAAGAAUGGUGCAAGAAAAUUAUAUGCCUAUAAAAGCCCUAGAGGGAAAAAGACAACACAGUCCAGGAAGAAAAUCUUAACAUUUCAGGAAGCUUUGAAAGCAGAGUGCUCAAAGCGAUUGCAUAGUGAAGAUUAAAAAAUGAUGCUCUGCUCUGCUCCACUGCCACCCUCUGUGAAAUUGGCAUAGCCUUGGGAAAUAAAAUAGGAACUUUGAGAAGGGCUUGCUUUGCUGCAGGGUGCGUGUGCAUGGAGGAACGGUGAAUUGUAAUACAGUAAAGCAUGUGUUAAUAUUGUGGCUGUAGUUUUUGUUUGCGUAGGCCAGGGGUAGGGAAACUUGCCUAGGGCUACAUUCUCUUCUAAGCAACCUUCUGGAGGCCGCAUGGCAGUGCUGGGACGGGCCACAGGCAAUAGAGUAGAGCAAUUGGAAGCAAGAGACUUUUUUUUUAGUUCAACAACACAUUCUAGACAGGCAAAAAUACCCAACAAGAGUGGAAAACAGCUAGUAAUGGGUGGCUGGGUAGGUGGCGGUGGCCUGGAGAGUCCUAAUAGAGAGGUUGGCUUGGACUAGAUGACCCUUGGGGUCCCUUCCAACUCUACAAUUCUAUGACUCUUAAGCAGCAGCUGGCAAGUCCUGGGUUCUAAUUCUGUCUUCGCCACAUACUAAUUACUUGGCCAUAGGCAAGCCAUUAUUCCAAGAUGCAGCUCUACCUUCUAGGACUGUUAUGAAAGUUGUUCAAAUUACAUGUGUGAUUUUUGUUUCUUAACAUUUGAAAUGUGCUGCAUGCACGAUUAAUCCUUUUACCGAUUUAUUUUUGACCACACAAACUUUUGGUGCAUUCGGCAGCCCUGAAGUGUGAAAGGUGCCCUGAGAGUGGAUACAGACCAGCACCACAGAUCUGCUUCAUAGAGGAUGCUUUGCCUUGCUACAUGUGGCAGCUGCUUCUGUGUGCUGAGCUGCUAAUCAAGGGAGCAAAUUGCUAUGCAGAGAACCCUCCUUUUUGAUCAUGUCACUGCUACACAUUUCAAUUGGGGUUGUAGUGGUGUGGCGACACUUUGGGCUUCUUCAGGUAGUUUAGUAUAUUUGCCAAGCAUGGCAGCACUUACUGCAGUAAAGGUUUCAAGCUCUCUAGAAAACCCCUUGCAUAGCCUUUUUCUUUCUCUCUUUGGCAGAAAUAAUCAGGAGUUUUUAAUGGCAUGGUUGAUUGCCUGCUAACUGCUGCAAAACACAGUGCUGUUAAAAGGAGAGCUAGAGGAAUGAGUUCAAGAGCUGGUGGUUGUGCCCCUAUUUAUGUAUUGGAUCAGGAGUAGGCAACCUAAGGCCUGUGGGCCAGAUGUGGCCUACUCGCCUUCUCAAUCCGGCCCGCCGAUGGUUCGGGAAUCUGUGUGUUUUUACAUGAGUAGAAUGUGUGCUUUCAUUUAAAAUGCAUCUCUGGGUUAUUUGAGAGGCAUAGGAAUUCGUUCACCCCCCCCCCCCCAAUAUAGUCCAGCCCACCUCAUGGUCUGAGGGACGGUGGACCGGCCCACAGCUGAAAAAGGCUGCUGACCCCUGUAUUGGAUUCACCUUUGCUAAGGAACUCAAAGUGACAUACAGAGCCCCCCCCCCGCCUGUUUCCAUUACAACAACCCUGUGAGGUAGGUUAGCUAAGAGGCAGUGCCUGGCCCAAGGUCACACAAUGAGCUUCAUGGCUAAGUGGGGAUGUGAACCCUGGUCUCCUAGGUCCUAGUUGAACACUCUAACCACUACACCACACUGAAUGAACAAAGGUUUCAAGGCAGAGAGGCAGGAAUGGCUCAAGUUACGUUGUUGAUCUGAAAGCGAAUGAUUCUGUUCCCGCUCUGUAUCCUGAUGUGUGCUGGGAGUGGGGAGGACAUUCAGGGAUCCCAUUCAGGGAUCUUCCCCAGCCCAGAAACAAUCAAAUGAAGGUUUAGAAGCUUCUAUUGGGAAAACUGGGGGAGGGGGGUACAUCUGAACUGCUGUCCCAUCGUUUGCAUCUUUUCAUUUCGAAGAGGAGCACAGCGCCUUUUGAAUUCUGAGACCUUGAGUUGCUCCAGCCCUGGUGGGACUUUGAAAGGGCAGGUGUGUUCAAGAGUUGCAAAACACAUUGAUUGUGAAACACGCUGGAAUAAAAUUUCACUCCAGGAGCAGGACUGUUGGACAUCUUUAUGAAAUUCAGCCGGGAAACUACAGAUAACAUAUUCGGAGCAAACAGGGCUGACCCAUUAAACAAGUAAUCUGCACACCUUUGCUGUUGGAAAUAUAGAAGGUUUCCAUGAACUUUGUGUGAUUACUGCCAGCCACUAACAUCUCCGGGUGUUACAGAAAAGACCCUCAGGUUGGAGGGUGCCAUUUUCAUAAAAGCUUAAGUGCAAAGGUACCUCCUUAAAAAAAAGUUACGAAGUUAACCAGUGCCCUAGAUGUGCUUGACUCCUGUGUUGUAAAUUUUGCCAGGCUUCCUAAACUAGACUGGGAGUGCAGUGUUUGCUGAGUAAUGCUGUAUAACUGUGGGAGUGCCUGCUCUCCACCCAAGAGAGUCAGAUACAGUUACAGUUAUUGUGUUUCAGAUGCAUUUGAGGGCUUAACAUGCUGGCCACAUAUUUCCAGUACUUCCUCUGGUUUCACUAGCAUGGACUAGAAACUAUUUUUUUUCUUUUAAAAAUAAUGAAUUCGUUAUCUAGGUGAACUGUCUGACUGGGUAUUUGUAUGCUGAUCUUAAAUCUUUUAAGUCCCCCUGCAUGUGUCUAUUGGGUUGAUUUUUACAUAAAUAAUUUUAAAACCAAGACUCAUAGACAAUCUGCUUUUGGGGGGGGGGGGGGAAGGUCUGUAUUCCUGGAGGUUUAAACCAGAGGAGCCCAGGCUCAAACUUCAAUUAAUUGUUCCAUUCUUCCAUACAGUGGUACCUCUGGUUAUGAACUUAAUUCAUUCCAGAGGUCCGUUCUUAACCUGAAAACGUUCUUAACCUGAGGUACCACUUUAGCUAAUGGGGCCUCCUGCUGCCGCCGGCAGACAAUUUCUGUUCUUAUCCUGAGGUAAAGUUCUUAACCCGAGAUACUACUUCCGGGUUAGCAGUCUGUAGCCUGAGGUGUUUGUAACCUGAGGUACCACUGUAGUACAUAGCUGCCAAUGUUUUCCUUUUUAAAAAGAAAAUUCCCUUAUUCUGAAUAGGAUUCCUCGCAAGAAAAGGGAAAAUUGACAGCUAUGCUGUAGUGCAGUGUGAAGAUCAGGUUUCCCUGCUUGGUGCUCCUUGCCUUCAGAUCUCUCCAUGUCAAAAGCAGGGACGUGGUGGUUAAAUGGGAUAAUAACCUGUGUUCAAAUGCAUCUUAGGGCUUGUUUCAUAUUUUUUUGGAGCUUGCCAUUCUGUAACAGGAAGCUUCAGACACACCCUUUUGCUGACUGCCUGUUUAGGCUCAUCCACAAGUCACUGGUGUGAGGCAGUGCUCAAGAAAAAUGCUGGCGCCCCCACUGCUCCAGGGCUGAGCUCAAAGGGUUGAUGCCAACCCUAAUUCAAUUGCUGCUACCAACAUGCUGAAAGCUGUAGGCAAGUGGGUUGCUUGUCUUUGGGGAUGAACUGUGAGAAACCUUUAAGUAGGGAUGCCUGCUAAGCCUGCUUCCCAAGUACCUUUCCUUCCUUCCUUCCUUCCUUCCUUCCUUCCUUCCUUCUCCCUCUCCCCCUCUCUCUCUUUCUUGCUCACACACCACACACAUGCAUUGUGACACUACUUGGGAGCAACUGCCGGGUGGGGAACCAGCACCAAAUGUGAUGUUGGAGGAGUGGGAGCCGUUGAGGUUGGAUCUCAUGGGUGUAUAUUAUGUACAAAAUUUGUCCAGUUUUUAGACUGCUAAAUUAUGGUGAAUUGUGAUGGGUCAGGCCUUGUUUCUCUUUGUUUCCACUGAAUCCAGCUGUAAAGAUGUAACUCAGGGGUUGCCAAGAUAGUUGUGGUGUGAAACGACGUCCAUGACAGUUGCUUGGGUUUGCAAAUGUGGCCCAAAAACGUUGGCUUCCCCUGAUGUAUUUAGGACAUGGCGUAGGAAUCUGAUGGGCCAUUUGUGUUGUUGUAUAAGAGGGGGACACUCCUGGUCCAAAGGUAUUGGUUUCCUGUUACAGUACUGCUUUAUGGCUACCGUGUACAAUUACAUGAAGUACGGGAUCAUGACAUUUCUCAAAAUGCUAAAGAGGUGAGUCAGGAGCUCCUCAUCUCGAUGGAUUCCUGGCUCACUUUCAGUUUACUUAUGCUUCAGGCUUACUUUUGGAGCACAUCGGAGAUCGAAGUAAAUGGAAAACAUUUCAUCCAUCCCUGGCAAAAGUAGUGUAACCAAUUGUGUCCACAGGCCAUUAGAUUGUCAAUACUCUUAUAAAUCAUUAUGAAUUUUAGUAACAUUUGCCAUUCCUAGAAUAAAAUAUGGUAUAGUUGGAUCAGUCUUAAAUAAAUAAUGUAGCUUUAUAUUGGGGGGGGGGGCUAUCUAGUCAAUAUAAUUGGAGAGCAUUUAAACUUCUUAUUUGGUCUUCAGUUGCACAGCAGUUGUAACAGCAGUAUGUUGUUGUUGUUGUUGUUGUUGUUGUACAAAGUGAGUUUGGAAAUUGCUUUACUACAUGCUGCCUCUGUUGGAAGGCAUUACGAAACAGAUGCAGUUGAGGCUGAAGGCAAUGACCCAAACACUUGUUAAUAUUGGCACAUGCUGACCCACUCAUAUUUGCUAAUAAAUAAAGGGCCAUCAUGCUUUGAUGUGUUUUAAAAUGCCAGUUAUCAAGGUGAGCUAGUAUUUAUCCAUAUAUUUAAAAUGAAUUUUAAACACCUUUAAAUCUAUAUAUCUUAUAAGAUAUAUUAUAUCUUAAAUCUAUUAUGUCUUAUAUUUUGACUCUCAAAUCCAAGGAAUAGUACCAUAAUAACCCUCCCAAUCUGCAGGCCUGUACAAAUAAUACAAGUUGAUAUUUUACACAGAUAUAGGAGAUAUUGCAUUAGAAUGAUAGAAUUGUAGAGUUGGAAGGGACCCCAAAGUCAUCUAGUCCAACCCUCUGCAAUGCAGGAAUUUCAACUAGACCAUGGUUCAGCUAUGACACAUGGCCAUCCAACCUCUUCUUUAAAAACCUCCCAGGAAGGAGAGUCCACCACCUCUCGUGGGAGUUUGUUCCACUGUCAAACAGCUCUUACUGACAGAAAGAUCUCCCUGAUGCUUAGCUGGAAUCUCCUUUCUUGUAACUUGAAUCCAUUGGUUUGGGUCCUAGCCUCUGGAGCAGGAGAAAACAAGCUCCAUCCUCCAUGUGACGGCCCUUAAGAUAUUUGAAGAUGGCUAUCACAUCUCUUUUCAGUCUCCAGGCUAAGCAUACCCAAUUCCCGCAGCUGUUCCUCAUAAGAUGUGGCUUUCAGACCCUUUAUCGUAGCUGUGGAUUUCUGAUCAAUAUGCCAGCAUGUUAAACUAAAUUUAAACCAGACCAGUGGGCACAGUGUGACACAACAACAAACAGUAUUGGACAACAUCACUAACCCCCCAUCUUCACAUACGUACUUUUUUCACCCCAUGAUUCUUCCAUGGAAAUAACAAAAAAGACCUGUAUGCUGGUUUACUGCCACAAUUUUAAUCACUUUACUCCCACAAUUUUCUUAGUUAAGGGGGCUGCAAAUGGAUUUUUCCCCCCGGCAUAAAAUGGCACAGAAAUCAGCGCUAAACACACAAUAUAUUGAAUUAAUUUUCCAGAAGUGACUUUUUAUGUCAUGUGAAAGCUGAAAUAUAAUGCAAAAAUUUACAGUUAGGGAAAUGGAAUAAACUACCACGUGAAAGCAGCCACAGAUACAUGAAAAUAUUGCUUCUGGUGGAUUGCAAUGUUUUUUCCCCCCUUUCAGGAGCUGUAAUUACAGCAACUUUGGGGGUUGCUUUAUUUGUGGGGGUGGCGGCAUGAUUCAGACAAGAAGUCUGGGGCUGGCAAUGUAAUGGGCAGUCAUUAUUUCCCAGCCUGGCAUACCGCAGAGGACUUUUUUGAGGACAGAAUGGGAAGGCUCCCUGGACUCUUUAGAACAGCUUUGGCCAAUUUGGUGCCCUCAAGGUGUUUUCAGCUACAAGUCCCAUCAACUCCAGCCAGGUGUCUGUUUGCCAUCCUUCUGCACAAAAUCAAAGCCUCCCAAGGCCAGUGGUGGCCUUCAAAUUUCAGUGGCGCCCUGGGGGACUCCAACAUUUGGUGCCCCCCUGCCCCUCGCCUUCCACCCAAAUCCUUGUUGCAGCGCCCUCUUGGCUCAGUGCCCAGUGUGGGCCCAUCAGUUGCACUCCCCUAAAUCCGCCUCUGCCAAGGCUGCUUCUCAUUUUUUAAAAAACGGAAAUCAAGGUUUUGUUUUGUGUAUAUAUGUUACAUGUAGUUUGCCAAUUGCUCAGUGCAAGAAAUUAUGGAAUAGUCACUGUUUUCUUUUAUUUGCAUAAAAAGCACGGAGAAAGAACAGUAAUAUUAAACCCCACUGAGGGGGCAGUGUGAAUCUUGCUGUAUUUAAUGUGGGUGUAAAUUAAUGCUGUUUGGGGAAGGAGGCAUGAAUAGGUCCUAAAUAAAUAAAUUCUGCACCAGAACACAGAGCUACAUUUUUGUACUGCCUGGGACUAAGGUGCAAGUACAUGUAAUAAUCAGCACAUAGUUGAUCCCCACACCCACAAAAUCUAGACACAGAAGCAGGUUGGUUGAACAUCUGCAGUGCAGUGCAAUUGAAUUAUGGAAUUUUAGCAACAGUGAUACAGAUGCGUUAUUUGUUCUGGCAACUAGAUUGCUUCAGAAACCCUUGGGCUUUUAUUUUCCAGGCAGAUAUUCCCCAGAAUUGCAUGUCUUGCUGUCUGCCUUCUUGGCAGGUUCAGGUACUUCCUUCAGGGAGCCUACUGUUCCGUUUCUCAAACAAUUCCACUUGUGCAACUUCUGUGACUUAGUUCUGUAUCAUGGCUAGAACCAGUAUAAACAUCUCUGGCCUAACAGAGUUGGAAGAGAACAGGAAAAAUACCUAUGCGGAGGUGUGCAUUUCAAAUUCCAGCUCAGAUUGGUACAUAUGCUUCUACUAUGGGGCGUUAACUAAUUUGAGUGUUAAAAUCCCCAUGUAACUAAACUUAAAGCAGAAAGAACAAGGAAUGUUUUGGUGUCGUCUUUAUUUAGUUCAAUGUAUACCCUGCACCUGUGCUUUGAAUGGGCUCUUGAGAUGGUUCAGGUAAAAUACUUAAAAUACAGGUUAAGCCAAUAGCAAAAUAGUUGGCUUCUAUCCAGCUAUUCAAAACAAGCCAAGAAUUAUAGCCCAUUAGUCAGCAGUAUUAAUACUAACUAAAAGCUGAGGGAAUAAAAAAGUAAUGGACAGAGCAGGUUGCCCCUGGAAGAAAGAGGUUAAUAAGCCUCUUGAGUCUGGCUGCCUAAGGCACUUGAAGCAGAGGCCUCUCUCCCAAUGACCUAAGUGUGCAGGAAAGGUUCAUAUGGAAACAGGUGUUUACACUAGCUUCUACAGUCUCAAAUCUUUCAGGGUUUUAAUGGUUGGCUUUCAAUUGGGCACAGAAGCAGCUGUGUGAGUGGCGGCAACAGCAACACCCGAAGCUUGGGGAGGAGGUCCUCUCCGUCAUCCUCUCUCUAGAGCACUCAUUAAGAUUCCCUCUCAUCAGAGCUUCAGACUGUCCAGCUGCCCAUAUGAGGAGACGCCUAAUUCUAGGAAUCAAAGCAUCUCGUAUGGCCUGGCCCUGGACUGCUAGAUAGCACCCAUGCGGGGAGGGGGAGGGCUAUUAUCUUAUAUGGUGUGCAUAUAAAUUUUAGUUUAAACAUACCCACCAGUGGUGGCAGCAACAUGGAAAAUAUAUUUUCCAUCACUGUCUCUCCAGUGCCAUCAUAGGUCACCACUACCUUGGGAUGCGGGUGGCGCUGUGGUCUAAGCCACUGAGCCUCUUGGGCUUGCUGAUUAGAAGGUCAGCAGUUCGAAUCCCUGUAACAGGGUGAGUUCCCGUUGCUCUGUCCCAGCUCCUGCCUACCUAACAGUUCGAAAGCACGCCAGUGCAAGUAGAUAAAUAGGUACCGCUGUGGCAGGAAGAUAAAUGGAGUUUCCAUGCGCUCUGGUUUCCAUCAUGGAGUCCUGUUGCGCCAGAGCGGUUUAGUCAUGCUGGCCACAUGAUGCAGAAAGCUGUCUGUGGACAAACGCCGUCUCCCUCGGCCUGAAAGUGAGAUGAGCGCCACAACCCAUAGUCUCCUUUAUCUUACCACUACCUUGUAAAAUAAUCAUCUUAUCGUGGUGUUUCUGAAUAUCAGUUGCUAGAAACCACAGGAAGGGAGAGUGCUCUUCAGAUUGGGUUCUGCUGGGGGUUUGCCAGAGGCAGCUGUUCAGCCACUGCAAGAACAGGAUGCUGGACUAGAUGUGCUGUUGGGCCUGAUCCAGCAGGCUCUUCUUAUGUUAUAGAAUAUAGAUCAUUUUUCAGCUUAGAGUAGACCUGCUGAAAUUAAUAAACACAACUAAUUUAGAUCUAUUAGUUUGAAUGGGUUUACGCCAAGGACAACUUAGUGGCAUACCCUCUAUAGGAAUCUGCCUUUCACUGAGUUAGACCAUUGGUCCAUUUAGCUCAAUACUGCCUGCACUGACUGGCAGCAGCUAUGCAGGGUUUCAGGCAGGAUCUCUCAAGGCCAUGCCUGAAGAUGCUGGGUGUUGAUCCUGGGAGUUUCUGUGUGCAAAGCAGACGCUCUGUUACUGAGCUACAGUUUUCCUCCUGUAUGACAGAGUGCAUUAGAGUUGUUAAGUACACAAUGUCCAAAUCUUAAGACUAAUGUAUGCUGAUUAUAUAUCGACUGGGCAUUUUGCAUUCAUAUUUUAUCUUACAUAUAAAAGUCCUCAAGCUGUUGCACUUGUUUCUUUUCCUAGGUGUUAAAACAACUGAGGAGGAGAAGUGUUAAAAUAACUAAGUUUUAUACAAGAAAAUACAGAAAAGCAAAAUUGUAAUGUGAUUUGGAGAGAGACUCAGUGGUCUUCUUGUUCAUUCUUGAUCAAUAUUUGACAUUAAUAAAAACUGGAAGACUUCGCAGUUCUUCUACAUUUGCAUCCUACCCCUCCUUUCAGGAACUCAUAGCAGCUUCAGAUAUUACAAACGUGGACCUGCAGCUCCCUGUGCAGUCUCUUCCUCCAUUAUCUGCUGACGAUGGAUCAUAAUGUUCAAAAUGUAUCUUGGGUAGGAGAGGAGAAUAGACUGCAUUCUAUAAUCUUUCCUGUGCAGGAGCCUCUUUGGACUUUCUAAGCAAACAAUGCUACGUGAAAGGGCUCCAUGCGCAUUAGAUGUAAAUCUGUGUAAGAGAGCCCCAAUAAGAAAGAAAGAAAAAGAGAACUGAAGGAUAAGAGAAGUUGCAGGACAGAAGCAGCAAUUAAUUCUUUCUCCACCUAUUACCAUAUCCCUGCCUAAAUUCUCUCCACUCUUCCCACAAGCUUCCUUAUGGGGUUUGUGCCACAUUUACCCUUGCAAACAUGUAGCUGGACCUCUGUGGAGAGGAAAGUUACUGUGGGUAAUUUAGAACAGACUAGUCACUGUAGGAUAAAUAAAAAUUGCCUUUGUCUUGCCACCUUCUCCACUCUAUUUUUUUUUAAAUAAACUGUUGUGAAACUCACUUACAAAGCAUUUGCUUAUCAUGUAGAUGUUACCUCUUAAUAAUUGUGAGAGGAGACUGUGCUGGCAGCUUUUCUCUAUAACAUCUGAAGCCACUGAGCAGCUUAUGUGGCCCUGUGAUUCAGGCACUGAUCAGCUUAGCUUUAACCCGGUCAGAGGAUCACCUGCUUUCUAGGCUGCAGGUUUCAUGGCCAAGUCAUUAAUAGCAAUACAGUCGUACCUUGGUUGAUGAAUGCCUUGCGACUCAAACGUUUUGGCUUCCGAAUGCCGCAAACCCGGAAGUGAGUGUUCCAGUUUGUGAAUGUUCUUUGGAAGCUGAACGUCUGACGUGGCUUCCGUGGCUUCCAAUUGAGUACAGGAAGCUCCUUGGUUGUUGAAUGUUUUCGGAAGUUGAACGGACUUCCGGAACGGAGUCUGUUUGCCAACUAAGGUACAACUGUAUUAACAAAGUAAUAUGAUGUAUUCUAAGUAUUUAAAGAGUGGGGAGGGGAAAAAAUCAAUAUUUGAAUUAAGUUUUUAUAUAGGAGCAACUUGGACAUUACAUGACGCAACUUUUUGGGGGUGAUGUGCCACUUCUUAAGAGCAUUGUGGAACAGGCAUGGCCAAACUUGGCCCUCCAACUGUUUUGGGACUACAACUCCCAUCAUCCCUAGCUAACAGGACCAGUGGUCAGGGAUGAUGGGAACUGUAGUCCCAAAACAGCUGGAGGGCCAAGUUUGGCCAUGCCUGCAGGCUUAGUAUAAUUGAAGUCACUUUCCAGUCAUAUGUUGUUGCUUAAACAGAAGGGAUCUGAAAGUCUAGUGGCAUGGUUAGUUACUCAACAUGUCUAUUUUGGGGAGCUAAUAAAUUGGCAGGACAUAGUGACCUACUCCAAAGUGACUUUUUAAUGCAGAUAUUUCAAUGAAACUUUAUCAAGUCAGGCACAGCGUGAAGGCUUUGAAAACUGAAAUGUCACUGCCUCUCUUUUAUCAAAAUCCUGGAGCUUUAGAUUUUUGCUAUUCAGGAUAUUCUUGGCCUCAACAUAGAAUACUCUGCUAUUGUAUCUGUGCUGUCAGGAAAGUGUUUAUUUACCUUUCAGAAUUUAACAGAAAAGACAAUUCUGCCAGAUGUAGCUUCUCCUGUCAUCAUAGCAUUGUGAUCUGACAAACCACAGUGAACACCCAAGACAAAAGUGCUAUGGUUAAUUUAUUUGAACUAACUAGACAAUUUUUGGCCUGCAGGGCAGUAGCUUUAAUGUGUUGCUAUUCAGUGAUGGUGCUUUAUGAGGAGUACCCUGCACAAGAAGUAUGGAGUGGGAAAGUCACCAUGAGUUGCUUUAAAUUUUCAUGUGAUGAACACAAAAUUAUUAAAGGGUGACAGUGUGAACAAAGCAGAAGUGGGUAAUUCCUGAAAACUAUUGCAGAGGUCCAUGGGUUUGUUGCCAAACAAACAAAAAAACAUUUAAUUGCAUGGAAAUAGAAUAUGAACAUUGUUGUCAGUGCAACAAACUGAUUAAUGUUUGGUGAAUAUGGAGUGGUAGUCUCUUGGCACCAGUGAUAAUGGUGAAGUCCUACUCAGACUUGUUUGGGGGUGUAUCUUGCUUUAACUGGGAAAUUCUGAGUAAAAGUAUAUAUAACUGGGCUGCAAACCUGCUAUCACCAGUACUUGAAGCAAGCUUUUGCUGAAGUUAAACCAUUUGAGCUCUUGUUUCGAGAAGUUUUGAUAGUCAUGAAAAGCUGAAGACAAAUUUGUGUGAGAGCUUUCUGGAAAGCAUCAUCAACAUAUAACCCCACAAAAAAAAAAAGAGAAAUAUCCAUGUCGUUGAUGUUCUUCUGGCUCAGGACUGCAUGCUUUGUACUCUGUGCCUAGAGCCAAAGAUUUGAAUUACGGCAUAGCUGAAAGUGAUAGCAAUGAGCAGCAAAAUGUUACAGUGCCUCUUCCUUUCUUUUCCCCUCCUCGUAGGGUGAUUUAUUGUACAUAUAUUGUCACUACUCUCCUUGAAUUGGUUGGCAAGGAAAGAUGCACAGUACGGUAAUCUCUCCGGUAUCCUGAAUGUUUAAAGCAUAUCCUGCUCCCCUGAGCUGCCACUGUCACAAAGGUCCAAAAAGACCUGAGUCGGAAGGUGUCCCUCAGAGCAGCAAACAUCUAGUGAUUUCUUUGCACCCCUAGAAGAUGGCUAUAUGCAGACAUGGAGCCUGUUUGUGGGGUUGUACAGAGAUCACAAGAUGUUACUUUCUGAUGCAUGUAACCAAGUCAGCCCUUUCUCAUUUUCUCCAGAACAGGUAGGUUGAGUGAUUUUGAGUGGAGAAAUGGCAAGGUGUAUGUGCUUAACUGCCCAGCACUUCAGAACUCCAAAUCACCCGUGGAACAUUUUGGACGCCCCUAUUUUCUUUGGAGAAAUGUUGGAGGGUAUGGCAUUAAAGUGAAUUGCUGAUAAAAUAAAUGAGAGGAUGUUACAAGGAGAGUGUGCUUGUUCUCUCUCUCUGUGCGUGUGGUGUUAGGAGGGUGAUGCAUAUAUUGUGCAUCUUCUAAAGAAAUAGCCAUGUGCUCUCUCAAAAGUAUGUCUCUCUUCAUUUCAAGAUUUUAAAAAUUGCACAGUGAAAAAUGUGGAAUCUGCUUAUACACUUUGAGGAUGCCUAGGAGUAAGCCCCAUUUAAGCCUUACUUCUGAGUGUAUAAAUAGGAUUAUGGUGUAAUGAGGCCUUCCACAAAUGUAUCUGAAACACUGCUUUAAGUGGGAACUGCAGUCAUAUCUCACUUAUCUCAUAUCACUUAUCCAAAACGUGAGGAUAUUUUGAUGAUAAAGCCUGCAUUGAAGCAAUGAGAAGAACAAAGCUUACAUGCAAAUGUGAGCUUUAUCUAGAGAAAGGACUUAUAAUUACUCUUAAUUGUAUCUUUAGAAGGCUGCUGGUGGUUUCACAGGCCUUUUCUGUGGAUCCUGUUUGCAUGUGUUCAAACUUGACACUUUUGCAUACUGAAUAAAAGAGCCCAUGGGAACAGAAGUGAUACUGUGAAUUAUGGUAGAGCUGGAGACAUUAUAGCUAGUAAUUUGUCAAUGUUGCUGUUUUCACCAAAUGCAUAUUGUCUUUAACAACAUUCAGAGUCCCUUUGAAUUAAUGUUGAAUCAUGCUGCGAGUCUCCUAUUUUCAUUUGACACUGAACACUUGAUCCCAGAUGUGCACAGAGCAAAAAACCCUUGGCAUCCUUUCCAGGAACCUGGGGUUUUUCCAUUGGUUUGGAAUGUGAGCCGCUAGGCUGUUUGAUUUCACUUUGUGGGAGGUUAUAAGCAGUGGCUGCAGAGGCUGCAUAACACACACACCAUACAUUGAAAGCACACACCCUGCAAGAAUCCUGGGAACUGUUGUUUACCCUUCACAGAGCUACAGUUCCCAGAUUAUUUGUGGAUGUGUGCUUUCAAUGUAUGGUGUGUUUGAAGCCAGAGUCUAGUCAAUCAAAGGCUUUUAUAUAUAAAUGCCUUACUCUGAGAUCUGAAAGCUAUGCAGUAUGAUGAUGAUGAUGAUGAUGAUGAUGAUGAUGUGACAGUGGAUUACAUUAAGGCAGAGGACGUGCAAGUCUAAUGAAGAACCAGUGAACUCAUAGGUUGCUACCAGAAGCGAACAUGGUGUGUGCAACAAGAAAAGAGUGAUGGGGGUAUAGCACAUGCUUUGUCUGUGUUGUGCUUCAUGCCAUGUUCAGUCUCUAGUAUCACCAGUUAGAGGACCUCAGAUUACAGGAUUGGGAAGCUCCUCUGCCUAGGAACCAUUUGUCAGAGAAGACAGGACUGGGUUAUACAGCAGGGCUGGAGAAUGGGUUGCCCUCCAGAUGUUGUUGAGCUACAACUCCCAUCAUCCCCGACCAUUGGCUUUGGUAGCUGGGAGUGGUGGGAGUUGAGUUCCACAAUGUCUGGAUAGGCACAGAUUUUUCAUCCCUGUACCAUAGGCUGACUUCAGUCUUGUAUGCAGCCUGCUUUCCCCCCUUUUUCUUUUGGUACUUGAAUACCCAGUCCAUUGAGGUGUUUUAAAUUUACAUAGCAAGGAUGCAGAUACAGGAUCUUUAAACAAUUACAGCAUAAUUGAACUGUAUUUGGCAACCCUGAGUAUGCAUUUGUGCUAAAUGACUUCUAGAGGGAUAAUUACAUUAGUGUGCUAUACAGAAAUAACAGUCUUGUGGCAUAUUAAAGAGACAGGGACUUUUUACUGAUUUCUCUUAAUCUUUGGAAUUCCCUUCCUAGGGAACAGAAGUUAACAGACAUUUUUUUUAUCAAAGUCUGUUUUGGUUAAUUAUCAUAUGCUGUGCUUUGAAACGUCAUUGCUGCUGCUUAUAAAUUAGUGGGGUGUUUUAUUCCUGCUGCAUUUGUGUGUUUUGAAAUUGUGAUGGCAGUGUAAGUCAUUUAUUUACUUAAGCAAUUUCUAACAAAUUUCUUAUGGCAUAAGGCCAAUAGAGGCCACUGUAUCAGAUGCAUGAAUGGUUAUCCUCAGUUGGCAGGCUUAUCUAUCUGCCAACUGAGGGUUGGGGGUGGUGGUCAGGGGGUGGUGGUCAGGGAAAGCAAAAAGUAUUACUUGAAUAAGUUCAACAAAAGCUUAAAUAAUAAAAAAGUAUUUUUUCUAUAUCCAAUCAAAGUUAUUUCCAGGACUCCAACUUAUCAACAGACACUGUGCAAUCCACCAGAAAUUGAUCAAUGGCCCACUGGUGGAUUGCGGUCUAUCUGUUGACCACCCUAGAGACAGGCUGUUGUUCUACCUCCUCUGUCAGAGACAGUAGGUCUAUGAAUACCAGUUGCUUUGCAUGGGUAUCUGGUUGACCAUAAGAGUGCUAGAAUGGAUAGUCCUUUUGGCCUGAUCCAUCAGCUUCUUAUUGUGUUCUGGCAUCUCCUUAUAUGUCGCCUUAUGGCAAAUUCACACUUAAAGGUAAAGGGACCCAUGACCAUUAGGUCCAGUUGUGGCCGACUCUGGGGUUGCACGCUCAUCUCGCUCCAUAGGCCGAGGGAGCUGGUGCUUGUCCGCAGACAGCUUCCGGGUCACGUGGCCAGCAUGACUAAACCGCUUCUGGCGAACCAGAGCAGCGCACGGAAACGCCGUUUACCUUCCCGCCGGAGUGGUACCUAUUUUAUCUACUUGCACUUUGACGUGCUUUCGAACUGCUAGGUUGGCAGGAGCAGGGACCGAGCAACAGGAGCUCACCCCGUUGCGGGGAUUCGAACCGCCGAUCGCAAGUCCUAGGCCUGGCUAAACUCUGCUACUUUGCACCACUGCUUGUAGCUGGAUGAUUUGAAUUUUCCAGAUCUCCUCCUGACUAGAGGCAUCUGUCUAGCAAGUGUUGGGCUGUCCCAUUUGGCUCUUCCCGGCAAGAGGAAUGCGGUGAAUGCCUCUGCAAGAUGGUACAUGACAGAACUCUUGCCCAGCUGUUAUGAGGCUGCUGUUCCUCUUCUUCUUUUUCUUUUUCCUUUUCGGCUGCAGAAACCAGCACGCUACCAGGGCUUCGAUUCCUUCCUGUUCUGCCACAGCACUGUUCCUUCCUCUUGCACUCAUUUGCAAUGCACGUUUCUUUCCUGCUGUAGUAGUAAACGGAAGCUGCUGUUGCAUGGAUAUCCCGCGCGCUGUGCAAGAUGCAAAUAAAAACUGAAAAUGCGGUGGUGGUGGUGGAGGAGAUGCAGAUUAUUUGUGGGAGGCGCCAAAGGAAGACGGCCACACAGUUGCGGAACUCACAACUCUCCAAGGGAGGGCUUAUCAAUAGCCUUCUUUCACAUACAUAAAGGAGCUGGAGCUGUUGCACAAGAACAAGCGAUGAGUCACAGCAAAGCAACUCAGAGGCCUCUCGAUACUCGAAUCCAGCGAUGUGUUUUACUCUGGGCUGCUCACCCUUCCUGCUUCCCACAUUUUUGGUGACAAUUCCCACCCCCACCUUCCCGUCUGCAUUUUGUUUUUGGUUUGCAUUUGUGCAAACGGCAGGAAAUGUCGUGGCACUUACUAGAGUAGCUGGUUCAAGUAGGGGCGCGUGAGUGCCUCGUUGUGCAAGUCCUGACAGCCCAAUCCUAUACGCCUUUUUAAUCUGGAUCGGGCGCAAGCCAUUUCGUGGGGAUUUUAUUCCCAUGCAAUAACGCCGGGGGGGGGAAUCCUGCGCAGAUUUACUUGGGCUUAAACCCCCCCGCCCCGUGAACGAAGUGGCACGUGCUUGCCUAGUAUCGGCCUGCACCCCUUCAGGAUGCAGCCGGGAAAUUUGCGCUUCUAAUCAUAUUGGUGGCCCUCCUACACCAUUUUCGCCCCCCGCCCCCCGUUCCAUUUCCUGCGCCCAAAUGUGAGUUUCCAGCGCUUUAAUUGGGGUUUUUGUUUUGAUGUGUCUCUCCCCCCCCCAUGCAAAAAUCACGCACAAGCCUGAUUUACGGGCUUAGCCUAUAAAAGCAAGGAGAGAGCAAAAGUAAACGUCCCUCCAAACGGGAAAAAGUCAGCACUAUUCCUGGCAAAACAGCGUUUCCAGUAACGUGAUCAGGCUCUUUCCCCCUGACCUUGUAGCUGCAUCGAGAUGCUAGCAGUGCGUGCCAGAGCAACUGGAUCUUCCUGGCAACCGAACCUUUUGGACGGGCGGGCCCACUCUCUCCAUCUCAUAGCCACAGACGGGCACGCACGAACGAAAGUGUUGAGUUACAUGGGGUGGUUAUUAUAUUAUACAUUAAAAAAACAACUUUAUUUGCCUUAUAUGGCCACAGGAAAUAGGCGUGGCUUAGGCCUGCUGUCGGGUGGGGGAGCCUGAGCAGGAGCCAGUUGUGCUGAUGAAGUGGAAGAGCUGGUUUUACUUCUGUUGCAGCAGGGCAUAUGUGUUUUGCAGGAGGUGGCUGCUCCUAAUUUCCUUUCCUGAGAGUUGUGCAAUCUCUUGGUUCUCAGAAGGAGGCGGGGAGACGGGUGGGUGGGAAGCCAGCGCUCUCUGCUGUGGCGGCUGCUGCUGCUGCUGCAGUUGCUGCCUCCUUCGUAGCUAAGGAGCUUCUCUUCCCUCCUCCUCCUCCUCCCUCCCCACCGCUCUGCUCCCCAAGCUGUGAUCUCAAAUCCUGUGACUCAGAGACUUGCAAUCCUGACACUGCAACGUGCGGUUGGCGGCGGAGAGGGCAGCAGCAGCAACAGCAAACCGGGGCUCUCCACAUCCCGGGGCGGCAGCGAGCAAAUACUGCAGGACUUUGUGCGCAGAGAGCGAGCAACUGAGCAGGCUGACAACUUGUGCACGGGAUCUUUGCAAGGAAACUUCCUGCAUUCUUUCCAAGAGAGCCUUGCGGGGGGGGGGGGUAGCGGGAAGGUCUGUUCCUCCUCAGUCGCUUGUUGCUUUUUGGAUUUGGCACUUAAACCGCCAGCAGAGAAGCACUGGAGCGAAGAAGAGCGAUGGGAACUCGCCUGGCUUUUAUUUGGCGCUUGAGAACAAGGAGGUAAGUUUGAAAGCGAGAGGGGGGACGUCUGCACGGUCCGGAGCAGGGCCUCUGCUUUUCUUCCGCUUGUUCUUUGCAGCGCGGAGCUGGUGCUGGAAACCAGAAGAAGCCGCAGCGUGUGGGGAAGAAAGGGUGCUUGUGUGCUUGCAGCCGUGGAAUAUAUAUUUAGAUUUGUUGCAAUAUAUGUAUUGCAAGGAGUGGAUGGAAGAGUUAGAGUGGGGAGGGCGAAUCGAGGGCUUUGGGGGGAACUUUUUGGCUUGCCUUUCCUGUUUUCUUUAAAGCCUGCCUGUCUGCCUCCUGCGAGCCCUGCGUUUUGCCUCACUCUUGUUUGUGCAGCUACGCAGUUCGGCGCUGCUCAGGGGCGGCCGCGGAAAGGAGGUUUCCUCCCUUCAGAACCGGGAAAUGAGACGCAGGCGGAGUGCUCUCUCUCUCUCUCGUCUGUGUGUGUUUUGCAAAACGUUCCCUUUGUCGGAUGGGAGCAGCUUCUAAACGGGAGUAAGAAGUGGAAAGAGGUGAUUUGGAUGGCCUUUGCUCGCUCGCUCUCCUGGUCAUGAGAUGGACAUUUUUCUGACCAAAGACGUCGCGCUUUCAAAACGACGCUGCCUCCGUGCACUCCCCACCCUCCCGGUCGCCGCCGCAUAUAAUUCACCCUAAUCCUUUGCUCCUGAUUAAUGGGUAAAUCCCGAAGUGGAAUUUAAGCAAUGCUUUGUGUCUGAGGGUGGAAGUCGUGCAAGAUUGCCCUAUCUGCUCUUUCCCCCCUCCACUCCGAUUUCCCUUCUCUUACCCCUGGUUACCACAGUAUUUUAAUGGGGAAUUGCAAUGCCAACUUCCCCCCUCCCCCAAACACACACAAGCCAAAAUCUUGGAACUCUCUUGUGCAGGUUUUCCAUUUUGUUAAGAGCAACAUGCACCGCCCCGCGCGUGCAGAGAUGGGCCGCAAGUCUUUAUUUACUAGUUUGGGGGGGAGGGCUGCGAGUUUCAGAGCAGCCGUUCAUUCCUGUCCGGAAGCUUAAAAGUUGUGCUUGUGUAAGGUGGUUCCUGCAUCUCAUGCUUUUUGCAAGCAUUGGGGUUGCAGAAUGAGAUACUCUUUUUUUAAAUACAGGGUGGUUUAGUUCCUAAAUUCCCCACUUGUUUCAGCCCAUAGGAACAUACUGCUAGCAAACCUGUAGAAUGUGCUCCUACGGGCAGCUAAGUCCCAGUGUGCUCAUAAAUUUUUAGAGAAUGAGAUAAGGGAUGUGAAGGGAGUCAAGGUGGUGGUUUAAAGUCCAGGUGACUCCUGGGUCCCAGAACUGUGAUCUCAUCCUGCAAUCCACCAGCCGCUCGAGUGGCAGCAAUGUUGAAAGAUAUGUGUAAUCACAGUCGUGGUGACUUGCCAGGGCGUAUGGCCAUAGUUCUGGCAGGUGACAUCAUCGAAGCUGUUCUAGUUCCUGUAGAAAUCAAUGAGAGAGCUUUGCUAUUAACUAGAGGAGCAUAAUAGGUCCUUGUACUUGACAAGUGCUGCAUCCUACAUAAGAGGAGCCUGCUGGAUCAGGCCAAUUGCCUAUUUAGUGCAGCAUUCUGUUCUCAUAGUGGCCAGCCAGGUGCCUGUGAGAAACCCCCAAGCAACUCUGCCCAUCUUCAGUUCCCAGCAACUGGUAUUCAGAGGCAUAAUGCCUCUGACAACAGCGGAGGUGGAACAUAGCUAUCCUGGCUAGUAGUUCUUGAUAUGCACUGUGUGAACAAGCACUUCAAAAUAAUAAAAUCUGUCCUGCAUCUUCCAACAUGCAGUUUAAUCGGAAGCCCACAACUUCUAGUAGCUGUGUUUUGGCUCUGAGAUGGGCAGCUUUCAGCAAAAGUAUGUUUCUUGGGGACAUUUAUGUAAAGGCUCAUUUAGAUGGUCUUAUCUCAAGAGAACCUGCAUGUUUAUACAGGAGAGGUAUUGUCUUCUGAUACACAGAAUUAAAUGCACCCUUUUUUUUCUUUUAAAGCUUUGGGUUUCAUGCCUUGCCCGGUGGUUGUAUUGCCUGUUCCUGUGCAAUGUCUCUCAUGUGUGCAGAUGUGUCGAUAAAGUUUGCUUUUGCCUAGGGCUGACUUCAGAAUCACAGAUAAGUUCAUUGAUUGCUUCCAGGCUGCUGUAAAUAGAAGCGUUUAGGCUGAAGCAAUACAGGAACUACACAUGGUUUGACUUCCUCUGCGAUGGGUUAGCCCAAGUGAUUUGGCCACGCUCCAUGCCAAAAUUGCAGAGGAUCCUUUGAACACAUGUUGCAGUGGAAAUGUAAGGGUUUCUUGAAGGUAGAAAUUUGGAAAAAUACUACAUUAAAGAAAUAAGUCAACACCCCUUAUUUUCCAGAAAUAGGAACACUAGGAAGCCAAGGAUAUGCCUGAAGAAUGGCGUUCAAGUACAUUAACUCUUGUCUAGGCUUAAUAUAUGCGCACACUGUUCUUAAGAACUUUUAUCACCUUGUUGGGACUGCCAGGGCAAUGUAAUCAAAUGCAGAAAUCUGUUUAAAAGACUACUAGUGGCUUUGCUAAAAUCUUAAACGUGUCUCCAAGCUUAGUAUAAGUUAAUUCAACCUUUGCCAACAUGGUGCUCUCCAGAUAGUUUCGACUACAAUUCCCAUUGGUCCCAGCCAGCACAGAGUUGUAGUCCAUAGAACCUGGAGGGGGCCAUGUUGAUGAAGGCUGUGGGCAGACUGAGGUGAACCAUUUACUUCGUGCACGCUUAGUAACUUGCUGAACCUUUUAUAUUGAACUUGUUGGGAUUGAGAAAGAGAUCCUUUAUCCCUCCAUGGGUGUGAUUGCAAUGACUUUUUAGUCUGUUCCUUUGUCUUCAGAAAUUAUGUAAACUAUGCUGGCUUGAGGCUUUGGGUUACUAAAGAAUGAACUUGAUGACAGGAUUCCUUAUUAUGUGGAUGAUGGGAAGGGGCCUGAAUGGCAGAAGGCAUUCAACUAUGUAUGUACUGGUAGAGUGCUUUGGCACUAAUUGUGGGAACCUUUCUAUGGCAUAGAAGUCUCCAGAUGCUGAGACAUUAGGGUAACUUUUGAUGAAGGAGUAUAGUGGGCUGUUAACACAAGUCUUGCAUCUCUAUAAAUUUGGAGUUGGUGGAAUUGAUUUGGGUGCAACAACACUGUCUCUUCUCCCUGCACACUUCCAGGAUCUAUCUGAAUGUGCUGUCCUGGGUUCUUUUUUUGGUGACCGUUGCUCUCUACAUGUCUGCAUGACUUUUAGGUCUGGCCCUGCAGUAUUCUCUAACCUUGUUCUUGUAUUUCGUUGUGGAUUUAAAUCAAAGUGUAUGGUUUUUCUAAUUUGUGCAUUUCCUGCCCAAGAAUGCAUACUAAUUGGUUUACUGUAACAAUGAAAGCAUAUUGGUUUGCAACUUGGUAAAGAGUUUUAUACUUCCAGUUUAUACGAGCAUCAUCCGAAAUGUCUGGUCAUGCAACCCACAUGUCUUUUGUGCUGCACAAUUUUUUCUGUUUAGAGAUAAGGAGGGGGAGGGAUCACUGUGAAAUUAUUAGAUUUUUGUUCAAGUGUCUGUACAGUUGCAAGGAUGCAAGACUGAAGAGAAGUCACAAGCCAGUGCAAAGUUACGUGUGCAGGAUUGUGGGUAAUGUUGCAAGGAAAGGCCGGUAAUGAUUGGACAAAACAGUGUUUCUUUCCAUCAUGAGAUGGAAAGUAAAUGUUUGCACUGCUUGGUGUCCUAAAUACUAAUAAUUUGCUGUAAUAAUUGAUAGACAGUAGUACCUCUGGUUAUGUAAACUUCAGGAUGCGAAACCCAGAAGUAUUUGACUGGGUUUCGCCAUGUGCGCAUGCGCAGAAGCGGUCUUCAGGUUGUGGAAACCUCAGGAUCCAACCGGACCUCUGGAACAGAUCCUGUCCGCAACCGGAGGUACUACUGUAAUGCAUGAAUUGUUCCAUUAUGUUUACAAUUCCUGGCUUGAAAAUCAGUUAUUUUUCUCCAUUAUUUUUAAUUUUUUCCAUAGAAAAGCAAACUGCAAAUCUGUUUGAUUAAAGGAGCAUAAGUUGAAUGAUAAGAUUCGAAUUUAACAUUUGUGUUGGCUUUGUUUAAAAUGGAACCAUAAAAAAAUACUUAUUAUAACUGAAAUGUAAAAACACAUUAAAGUAUUAUUUAACAAGUGACUUCUAAAAAUUAAAUAAAUUAUUUCUUAACCUUGGUUUUAUUUGGAUACCCUGCAGUAGAUCUCAUGAAGAGAGCUCUUAGUAUAUAAUCUCAAAAUGGUCAGGAAUGUGGUGUGAAUGUUCUUAGUUUCUCAUGAGGGGAAAAUCCAUUCCCGGAUAAGAAUAAUUUCUGUAGGCCACAGUUGUUGGGCAUUGGUGGAACUGUGAAUCAGGUGCAGAGGUGGGAGUGCUUACCUGUAGCACUGUGGCCUGGCUUGCUGUGCAAGUCAUCUCAUAGUUGAUGCAGUUAUACACAGAAAGACUGUUGACCUUGAGCACAUAGGAGCUGUAAUUGGUGCUGAUAGUUAAAAAUAACAAAGACUAGAAUUUAACAAAAAAACAAAAACCUGCAUCGAUGAAGGCUCUGAACAAGAAUGCACUCAUCAGGCUUUCAGUGUGGAAACUUAUUUUUCAGAUUUUUAUGAUGCUGGCAUUUACCCUAUUCCUGGCCUAUCGGCCAUGCAGAUGAACAUUGUAAAAUUUGGUCACUUGCAUGGGGCCAAGUAGAAUGUGGAAGGACAGAUCUAUAAAGUACAAAUUACAAAACCUUUGUAUUGUUCUGUCAUUGCACAGCCUGUCAGAACAGGUAGUGAAUGCCUAAAGCAAAAGGGGGUAAUUUAUAUAGGUAACUAGAAAGUAGGUGUUUACCCUCUCUUUGACCUUCAUCAGUUAGGAUUCAUAUGAGUGCUAUUCUUAGAUUAUAUAACAUAUCCCUGCCACUACAUCAUUAUAUAACCAUGGGCUUAGCCUUCCAAUGCACUUUAUUCCUCUUAUUUUAUGAAGAUGGGGAUAAUUUUGUUUUGUCUUAAACACUUUCGGGUUGCAAAAGUGAAGUACUUAACAUUUGGAUGUAGUGCUUUUGCAGCUGACUCCUAAUGCAACAUUUUUCAGAGGGGUAGCUGUGCAAGUUUAUUGUCUCAAUAAUAACAAGAAAGUCUUGGGCACCUUAAAGACAAAGACAUUUAUUAUGACAGUGCUGGGGAAGCUCUGGUGUGUGGGCCUAAUAAGGUACAUUAGGACAUUUGACCCUUGAGGUUGUCUCAGCCUUGCCAUGCCCACCUGUCGUACACCUGAUGGCAUUAUGUUGGUCAGGGGCUGCACUGAACGGGGGUUUACAAUUGUUGCUGAUCAAUGGUGCUUUUGGUACAGUGUUCAGCAAGACCCCACACUGACACUUUGCAGAGGAGAACUAAUACAGAGUGUGGCAGGUACAUUAUAGCUUAAGCAUAUGUAAAAUAAUGUUUAGCUACCAUUCACAAAAGGAACUCGGGUGGCGCUGUGGUCUAAACCACUGAGCCUCUUGAGCUUGCGAAUUCCUGUGACAGGGUGAGCUCCAGUUGCUCGGUCCCAGCUCCUGCCAACCUAGCAGUUCGAAAGAAUGCCAAAAAGUGCAAGUAGAUAAAUAGGUACUGCUCUGGCAGGAAGGUAAACGGUGUUUCCGUGCGCUGCUCUGGUUUUGGUGUUCUGUUGCGUCAGAAGUGGCUUAGUCAUGCUGUCCACAUGACCCGGGAAAACUGUCUGCGGACAAACACCGGCUCCCUCGGCCUGUAAAGCGAGAUGAGCGCUGCAACCCCAGAGUCAUCUGCAGCUGGACUUAACUGUCAGGGGUCCUUUACCUUUUACCAUUCACAAAACCUUAUACUGUAUUAAAAUUUUGGCAUUUCAUUUCCCUCUGACCCUACUCUUCACAUUUUUCCACCCCUAAUAUACCUUCCAAUUUAGAGCGAUACUAAAUGCUACUGAUGAAGUGGAUUCCAGUCCUUGGAAGUUUGACACUAUAAAUUUAUUAGUCUUUAAGGUGCCUCAAGACUUCAUUUUUAAUAAAGCAUAUUAUAGUUACAAUCCAGCUGAACCACUUUUAGGUCCUGCUUUUUUCUCUGAGAUCUGUGUAUGUCCUUUUCCACUGAAAAUGGUGGAAGUCAAAACUGCUUAGUUUGGGUGGAUGAAACCUUCUGUAUUAAUUUACCUCUCUUGGUUUGUAUGAGGUGGCCAGUUCUUAUGAACUGCACUCUGCUAAAUCUGUGGCUGUUAAGUGCUUGGAUGAAAGUGAACUGACUUGGAGUUGAAUCCAAAGAAGCUGCGGUAAUAGGAGAAGCAGCUGGAAGAUGUUAACAGCCAAGCUUUCGGCUCCUUCAUUUGUUGGAGAUGUGUGACUUGGGGCUACUGUUGAUUGCCUUGUGACAGCUGUGGCCAGAAGCAUUUCCCCCCACCUUGAUAUGGCAGAUAACAGCAUCUUUGUGAAACUUGCUCCAUUUACAGUGUCAUUUUGACUCCUGACUGGACUACUAGAGUGAAAUCCAUAUAGGGCUUUCCUAUCCUUGGAAAAGUUUCCAAAAUGCCAGUGUGUGCAGAAUGUGACUAGUUGGACUCUGGAUUACCAAGGAAAUACUGUAUUUAUUAGAUGUAGUACAUUGUAUCUGGUAUACAUACUUUAUGUCCGGUUUUUUACCAAGGUAUGCAGUUUACAAGGUGUUUUAGGGUUUGAAAUAUAUCCACUUGUGAGCCUUUCUCCUCUGUGCAUCUUGAUGAGAGUUUAAGUUAUUGGUAAUAGUCCCCCAGUAGGCAAUCACUCCUGGUGUCAAGUGAGAUGCUAUAGGUUUGUUUUGAUUCGGUCAAGAGCAAGGCUGAAAACUUAUUUCUCUGGAUAAAACAACAACAACCACCCAGAAAAAUGGCACGGGAACCUUGGCUGCAGUUGUAGCUGUCACUUCCUGAAGUGUUGAAACAUCCUCUUCCUCAUCUUCUGCCUACCUCCAGCUUGCAACACAGAACUUGUGGAGCAGAGUUAUAGCGCUGGGAAUGUGUAAGCUUUUGUCAUCGUGUUCAGUCAUAAGGGGCAGAAGCUAAGCUUGCAGAACCUCUGCGUUUGAGAAUAUGGCUUGACAAUGAGAUGUAGGAUGGCAGUGAGCCAUCGGAAGCAUUCAGCCAUUUCUUUGCCUUUCUUUGGUGCAAGUAAUGGUGUGAACUGUGUCUUCUCUGAGGAAGUCAAAUCUCUGCAAUAAGUUCCAAGCUUCUCAUUACCAAGCCUCCUUUCAGUUUCAGGUCCCCUGUGAAUUUAAAUCAGUAGCCAUGUAUUAAAAAAAAAAAAACAGUUUCGGAUUUCGUGGCUGAUGUGUCCAGAGAGGCAUAUAUGUUUAUAAGAGGGUCUGGCUGAAUCAACCUUAAACUGCUUCUUUAAUUUAAUUAAAGUGACCAGAUACUUUUAUCCUUUAUCAUUUUUCUUAUUCAGAAUAUUAAUAAUAUGAAAAAUAUUGGCUGGGUUAAGAUUCAGAUGAUGGCAGUCCUGACUUGUGUCUUUCUGAUUUUAUUCACCACGACUCCUGGUUGCAGUGGAGGAGACAGAAACAUAAGAAUUUGUCUGAUACUGAACCAGAGCAGUGGUCCAUCUGGCCCUGCAUUAUCUGUGUGGACAGGCAAUAACUAGAGUUUCCUUCUGUUUCUUGUCCUACCUGGAAGUGCCUGGGAUUGAACCUGGGACCUUAUGCAUGCAAAGCAUGUGCAAAUGAGCAAAGUUGCUGAUCAACCCUACCCCAAACCCCAGAUUCGGAUCUCUGCACCCCCUUUUCACCUCCUGUUACAGCUUUGUUACCCCUUUGAGGGGCCCUGUGUCAGUAGCGAUUCUGCAUAGCCUUCACAUUCUGACCCACCGUACAGUGUAAAAGCUUUAAAGCUGCCUUGCUUCUCACUCUUGGCCUAGAUACUGAUUUGUACUGAAGUGGAAAGUCCAAGAGGGAGCAAAGAUUACCUUUGCCGUGCAAAUACUCUCCUGCAUUCCUGCAAAGGCUGCAUUCCCCUGCCUCUCCCUCCCCACCACCACCAUGCAGAAACAAAGCAAAUUUAAGCUUGGGAAUUGUCUCUAGUUUCCAUAGUUUAGCUUGUUUAUGCCAGUUUAUUUUGUUCUUGGUGCAAGCAGCAACAGCAUUGGCUUGGCUCUGGGAAUACAAGAAUGAGGAGAACUUCUGGCCAACUCCAUGUUUAGUUGUUCCAACUCCAGGGCCGGCUGCAGUUCCUGCAUGGCUGACGUAAACACUGCUUUCUGUUGGUAGCAACUACCUUCUUGGCAGUUCCAAAGAGAAGAGCCAGAAAUAGCCUAGUUAACAGCUCCGUUAAUCGUUAGCAACUAACUUGUUUCCAAAAGGAACAAAUGUGUACUUUUGUGUCAUGAUUGUAUAGAUUACCUUCUCUGGGUCCUGCUGGACCAUGCACCAGCCAGCUCAAAUUACUAGUAUUUCUCACAACAGUAAGCAAUACUUAAGCUAAAGUGAGCCCUAUCUCAUUUGUCAGAGCGAUUUCUAAACCAUCAAGUAGAUAGACAAAACAAAUGCAACAAAUUGAGUUCUGCUGAAACAAAAUCUGCGGUGCUGCUUCCCCUUUCUGUAGGAGGCCUCAUCUCCAGCCUACCUGCCCUAUUCCAGGUGUGUGCAGUUUCCCUUUUCCAUUGUAUUCUGCAUGCCGCUUUCUUUGCUACACACCCUAACAAACUCUCUUUGCAGCUGCCGGUUUGAGAAGUUUCACCACCUUCCUGUUCAUGCAACAUAAACAGAGUUUGAUUUGGUUAUUAAGUAGGGAUUAAUGGUGAGAUUUAUCAGGAUUAAUUUUUUUUAUCAUGGCCAUUCCCAAAAUAUCUUUCCAAACUACAAAACAGCACCUAGACAUUGUAAUAAGUACUCCCUCCCCCUCUCUGCAGGGACACCUAAAAAACACACACACUCCACUGUUGUUUUUCUUGCAGGGAUUACUGCCAAGUGCAGGGUCUUCUAUUGUCUAUUGUUGAAGAACACUGUCCAUUAGCAAUUCUUCCAGUAGAAACAAAUAAGAGCCGCAGGCCAAGUUUGCAAUAAACAACCAACAGUUGCACUAAGGUUUGCAAGCUGUUAUUACAAGGAAAUGGGGAAGCAGGAGACCAAAGUUUGCACUGACAUGUCACUUUAAAAGCACAGGGCCCUUCUGUGAAAGUACUUGGCUGAAAGUCACCCUCUGAGUCACAUACUGUAUUUUUCGCUCUAUAACACGCACCCGACCAUAACACGCACAUAGUUUUGAGAGGAGGAAAACAAGAAAAAAAAAUAUUCUAAACGAAACAGUGGGUGUAUGAUUUUUGUGGUUCAUGCUGUGGCCACAGACAUGUGAUCUGACGGUGAGUUUGGGGUAGCCCAGUGCAAAAAUCCUGAGGAUCCAUGUGGAUCCAUGCUUUGUAACCAUGUUUUUGCACCAUUGUGGCCCCAGGCAACAGUGGGUGCGUGAUUUUUUUGGUGCAGGCUGUAACCAUGGAUCCUCUGCUCACGACUGCAGCAGAUCCCCCUGUCAUCCGUAGGCAUUCGCUCCAUAACACGCACAGACAUUUCCCCUUACUUUCUAGGAGGAAAAAAGUGAGUGUUAUGGUGCAAAAAAUACGGUAUGUUGCUCCUUUGACCCUCUGAUACCACUGUAAUAUGUCUCUUAACAUGCCAGUUGCUGGAGCAUAUUAAAGCAGUUGAAAGGAAUGGCAGCGGUGCUGUUGAAGUGAAGAAUAAAUAAAGGCGAAGCCCAUACGUUUUGUGUUAAGAGACCAGCAGAGUAGAUGAUACUGCGGGUGGAGCGGUUACACUCUUCUUUCUAAAGCUGUGACAUUUGCUGAAACAACUAAAGAGCAAUCUGGUUUUGUAACACUGGGGUAAACAAGUCUUGUGGCAGCAUAGUUUGAUCCAAGUUUGUCAUACUUGUAAAAGUCGGUGUGGUUUAGUAACAAUACUGUUUGGGGGCUUUCGAUAAGGGGAAAUCCCACUCAAGGCACCCAAGGGUGACUGAGACAAGGAAAAUGAGUGACUCGUGAGUUCAUUCUGUCCUCGCUGAAAGGGAAAUUGGAGGGAGCAUGUGUGAAAUCUAAGGCCUACCUAGGCCCAGAAGCCAGAGCACAAGUAGAUUAGUUCAGUUAGCAGUGAUUGCCUGAAGGUUUAGGUGGUGCAUCAGUUCUGUAAUGAGGCUUUCCAGCCUUCACAAAUUCUAAAUCCAAAUAUUUCAGCAAUUUUUUUUUCUAAAAGCAAGCAUUAAUUGCUGUGCAAAGCCACUGAAUAUUUGACCUUAGCUUCUCUGUCCACAAACUGGGCAGCCUGUGCACGCUUCCACAAGUGGCACAAGCCAUCAGGGUUUGUGUCACUUCUGAAUAAGGACAGGAGUGCCUGCAGGUCUAGCUGUUGUGCAGCAUAGCCUUCGCCAGCCUGGGGCCCUCCAGAUGUUUUGGAUUACCAUCUCCCAAACAUCUGGAAGGCCCCAGGUGGGUGAAGGCUCGUGUAGCCUGUACUGAUGCCUAUCUCCACAGCCCUGUGCUGCUUUCCCUGACACAGUGCAUGGCAGGAAAAACCAGAUCAGGGCUUGGAGGGGCUGCAGAUUGCUCUAGUCCCUUACAAUGGGGGUGGCUUCUGACCCACUUUCCUACGUGCUCAGUGGGUGCAUUUCCUUCCUCAGUUCCCUUUGCAUCUUAAGACUUUCUAAAUGCUUUACUGCUUAUGGGAAGAUAGAAGAACACUGCUGGUAUGGUGGAACUGCUUAACACUCUCUCUUUAGAAACCAUUUUCUUUCCUCCUUCGUGAUUAAAUAUUAUUUCUUCUUUCCCCUCUCUCCCCUUCCUGUUUGGUUCCCCUACCCCUUUUCUGCAGAAAUGCUGGAUUUUUUCUUUGGGGGACUCUUGCCACACAGAAGGCAGUUUUUAUUCCUCACUCAAACCACCAGUGUGUAGGAGGGCUGUUCUGCUGUCAUUUCCCACUUCAGGGAGCAGUGGGUGGUGAGUGGGAGGGAAAAGGCUGGUUUGCAAGGCAGCCUGCAGGAAUGUUAAUUGUGCCUGCUAUUCACAAAGCUUGAAUUGGGUGGUUGUCAUUAAUUGGGUUGAUGUGACCAUGUGGCUGGAGGCUGGCUUUAGAGACAAGAGAGGUAUGCACUGAUUUUGGCCAAGUUAUAAUUAAUCCAUACAUGCGUGAGCACUGCUUACCUUAACUGGCUUGCCUGGCUCUCAGCAGUAUCUGUCGCUAUCGAUGGCAGUUUCGUGGUGUGCAUGAACCUCAACAAGACAAGGAUGGCAACCUCCUUGCGCCUGACCUUUCCUAAGGCCAUUUUGUUAACGCCACGUACCAAAUCUAGAUCACACCGAUAGGUUUUAUGCUGCAAAAUUAGUUAUGUUUGAGAAGGUAAAAUAUGCAGCAUAUUCAGACGUAGGUGAACUUGACUUUUUUUAUUUCCCCUACAAUUUGGCUUAGAAGUUCAGGUAGAUGCCUUUUACAUGGUGCCACCCGUAGAAAUGCUUCCAUAGUUAAAUGGGAGCUUGUGGGGAUCCAUUUUUCUUCUUUAUUUUUCAAGGCUCGGGUGGUACCUUAGGGCAGAUAGAAAAACUGACUCCACAUAACAAGCUCCCACAUUGUGCAUUAAAUAAGGAUACUUUAAGAAAGAUAUACAGUAUGGUAGGGUUGCCAUAUUUCAAAAAGUGAAAAUCCAGACACAAAAGUUACUGAGCGUUUUUUUGCAAAAUCUAAAAAAACAAUUGUAAAAGCUAUUUUUAAGAAAAUUCGGCAAAAUCUGAACAGUGUUUCCUGGCUAUGUCCAGGAAAUUCCGGACCUAUGGGAAAUGUUAGUGCAUAUAAAUGUGAGAUAAUUAUCUAUAAAGAGGUGUACAAAACUGUGUGUGUUUGUUAUUUGUUCCAUUUAUUUCAUUUUCUUAUACUUCAUAGCCCACCUUUCUGACAUCAUGGAACCCAAGGCUGUACACAUGUGCUUUUCAAGGAGUCACCCAUCCAGACACUGAUCAGGCCCUGAACUGCUUAGCUUCAGGAAGGUGGUACUGUGCCUUCAGAUUAUAUGCAGAUCCCAGACUCAGGAAAGUGCUUUUUUUGUUCUGCCUCUCUCAUAAUUCUGGAACCCAGGGCCAUCCAAUAAAGCUAAAUGGUGGAAGGUUCAGUACUGAGAAAAAGAAAUACUAGUUCAUCACAAUGCAUAGUUAAAACUAUGCCACAUAAUGUAGUGAUGACCAUCAACUUAGAUGGCUUUAAAAGAGAAUUAGCUUUAUCUCUCCGCCACCAAAUAAAUGUGUCUAUCCAUGGCUUCUGGGCAUGAUGGCUUUGUUUUACCUCCAGGAUCAGAGGUGCCGUACCUUUGAAUACCACUUUCUGUGGAAUAACAAUGGAGGCAGGCUGUUGACCUGUUGCCUUGCCUGCAGGUCUUCCAUAGGCUUCUGGUUGGUCCAGGGUGCUGGGCUAGAUUGGUUUUUGGUCUGAUCCAGCAGGACUGCACCUAAAUUCUUAACUAUUAGUAACUGUGGGGAUUUUUUCUUCCAACUUUUGAACCUGCUAGUACAUGAAUCUGCCAUGUCCUUGAUCAGGCCAUUAUUGAACCAUCUGUAUACUGUUUGGCAGCAGUUCUUCAGAGUCCCUGAGGCAGAGAUCUUGCUUAUUCCUGAUUUCUGAAAUUGUUUGAACUAGAUAUGCCAGGGUUAUCAUAGAAUUGUAGAGUUGUAGAGUUUGAAAGGACCACAAGGGUCAUCUAGUCCAACCACCUGCAAUGCAGAAAUGUUUUGCCCAAUGUGGCGCUUGAAACCAUGACCCUGAAAUUAAGAGUCUCAUGCUAUACUGACUGAGAACCAGGGUACGACUGUACUCGCCUGACAAACUAUGGCCCCCUAUCCAGCAAUAUAGAAGCCAGGUUUUUGGUCUUAAUGUGCUUUACUAUGAAUGUUCUGCCCCAUCACUCUUGCUUUGCUCCUCCCCUGGUACAACUGGGAUAAACCAACCAUUUUGUCCGAACUGGGGUUCGUAGUUUGUUGCUCUGUAGCAAGCCAUAAUCUGCAAGCCAAAGAUGAGACAUGGUUCAAGACUGACAAGUGAUUGUAACUUGCACAUGUAACAGGAAGUCCAGCUUAAUUGCAGCUUUCUGGUUUGUUUAUCCAGCUCUUCCCAGGGAAGCAGCAAAACAGGAGUCAUUGGGGAGCAUGCUUCUCAUUCACAAUAAGUCUGGCUUACUGUUAAUGUGUGAACGUGGCACUGUGUGCUACUGGCAUUGCUGUGUGAACCUUGAAUUUAAAACAACCUACUGAAGCUAAAGCAGAUCUUAGAAUAGUUUUUAAGGCCCAGAAAAAUUGGUGGAAGUGAUCUGGAAAUAGCCAGCUGCCUAAACAGGUGUAGGAAAAGGGAUUGGAUGUAAAGGCACCAGCUUCUUGAAGAGGAAGCAGAUAGAAGAGAGUGGUCUCUAAAACUGGAAGUCAAGAGAGUGGAAUCUCUUGGGAGAAGACAACCUCCUGGGAAGAAUCCAUUCAUUGGAAUGGUGGACAGAGCACAUUGCUCAGGUUUAAAGCGGUACAGGUAUUUUAACCAAAUCCUGAUGUAGAUUAUCUAACAAACAAAAACAAAACGGAACUUGAAGGCAAAACUAAUAGCUGCAUGUGAAUUUUAUUACAGUCUUGUAAAUAAGUCACAAAGGUUAUUAUCCCAGGGAUUACUUUUUAUUUUAUCCUCCCUAGCCGCGCAUACUGUUUAGGGCACUUCAUUGCUCUGAAAAUCAAAAGCAGACUCUUCUCUAGCUCAUGAAUGCUUCCUGGCAGUGGUUCUUACUAGGCCACAAAUAAGUGAGUGACCCUUUACCUGCUCUACUGAUUUCAGAUGCUAUUUCAGAUGCUACCACAGUCUUUUGGGGACGGGGAGAGCUGAAAACAGAGACAGUCUCCUGUGAUCUUGCCUAGAGAGUUUUAUUCAGUGUCAAAGUGUUGAGAUAGAUGGAGCAGCAAUGCAUGAUACUUGCAGCAUGUUCCUGUCUGCAUCUACCCAAAAUUAAGGCACGUUGAGUGUAAAGGGUCUUGCUCCGGAUAAGUGGAUACAGGAUUGCAUCCUUACUCUAGCACACUGCUUUUGAUAAAGUGUUCUUAAAGGAAAAGGCCCUAUGCCUUAUCAAUAAGGGUUGCAGUGCUGUUCAGUUUCCUGUGAGUUAGCUCAGUUGAACACUGUGGAAAUAUGCAUAGAAUUGCACUGCAAAGGUCUGCAUAACUAUGUGCCUGCUUGUGAUUCCAGAUAUAAGUGAGAUAGCAGAUGCCGUUGAGUAGAAGGCAGAACUCGUGCACGAGGCUCUCAACAGAUGGGUAGGCAAAUGGGAGUUUAAUGUUACUAGAUGUGAGGUCAUGAACUUGGCAUUUGCAGUAGAACAGAUAUGCCGGCUAAAUAGAAAGUGAUAUUUGAACUUCCGGGGUGGCGCCUCCGGAAAAUGGCGGAAUUCCCUUCGAACUGAAGGGAACCCGCUGCACGGAGGCUUGGGUCCUGCCGCUACGGCGCAGCGGGGACCCUCAAAAAACCACAGGCGGAAGAAGCCUGUGGGCGUGGGACUCGGCGGGCACCGAGAGCGCUCUCUCCCCUGUACAGGAGCCCGGUAACGGGCUCCGGAGUGGGAGGUGCGUGGUGCUGUGAGUCGACUGCUUCCUCCGUGCAGCAAAGCCGCACUGCCGUUUUCGGAGAGCGCUGCCUUUUUCCUGGACAAUUUGGCAUCUAAAACAUCUAUCCGUGAGUACCUGAUCCUGGAAGAGCUGAACUACUUUUAAGAUUGGUGAAUAAAUAAAUAACAUUGGACUUGAACUUGAAAUUGAAUUUAAUUGGGACUCGGAACGGAAAGGUCUAAACAGGAAGUCGCCUUCCGUUCUUUUGUUACGUGAAGAAAGCAAAGACAAAUUAUACUAAAGCCUGAAAACUAAAUUCUGAGAGAACUAAAAUUCAACAUCUAAGAUUUCUGAACCCCCCCUUUUGAUUGCAGGAGAAGAAGGGGGUUGUUUUGAUCUUUUCAACCCUGCGGAAGUGAGUUUAAAAUAAAGUAAUUUUCCACCUCCCUGAACCAGGAGCGGGCUGUCAGAACUGACGUUUUGAAGUUUAUCCAGCUCGACAGAUAGUUAAAAGAAGGGUAACAUUUUGAUUCUACUGUUGCCUCUUGAAUUUGAAAGGGGGAAUUUUGGAUAAAGUGUUUCUGGAAAAAGAAAGAUUGUUACUGUUGUUUUCCCCCUCUUAAAAAAAAAAAAAAAAAAGGGUUUUCCAUCUAGUGGAACUGAGUGAAAUUGCAAUGCAGAGAGUUUAAAAGAGAAGGACCAUUCUCGUGGGAAAGAAUUUUUUCUGACCUUGAAGGACAAUGCUUGUACAAAGGCUUGAACAAGUGUUCCUGGAAGGUUUUGCAAAAUUAAGUGCCCAGCUGGACCAGAUGCGUCAGGAGUCGACCUUGAUGAUGACGGAAGUCACCAGAGCACAGCAGCAAACAAAUGAAAUUCAGUUAAAGUCUAUACAAGUAUAUGAACCUGCUGUAGCGACGGAGGCUUCAGAGAUGGAGGGACUUAUGGAUGGGCAAGAUCAGCCUUUGAACUUGAUAAAUGAACUUGGGACAAACCUGAUUCGGAAAGAUGAAAUGCGGUCAGAUUUGGAAAUGGGGGGAUGGAUUGACACCCCUCUAUAUGGUUAUUUGGACUUUCCGAGUCUAGGGAUGGGCCAUCAGAGGAUUGGAGAAGUCGAAGUCUCCAAGUUUUCUGGAAAUUGGAAGUGGUAUUAUCUGCUGUCUGGCUUGGGUAAUGGGUUUGGGAUGGACUUGCUGCAAAGAGUCAAAAGCAUCUUUUUGCUGGAGUAUCCACGACUGAAAGGAAAUAUCAACAAGAGUGGCGAAAGGGGCAAGAAAGAGACUUGAGGGCCUCGGACACGAGACAACCAGGUUAAGGAGCCGGAUUAUUGAGGUUAAAAGGACUGACAAUCCCGGGACCAGGGGAGGGGAGGCUGGAAGUUGACUGGAUUGAAUCUGACUUAUUAUUUUCUUUUUCUUUUUUUAAUAUUGGGAAUGUUUAUAAAUGUUUGAAGGAUGUUGAAUGAAAUUAUAUGACUUAAGUAAGAAUUGGUAAAUGGUUUGUAAAAAGGUAAUGAUGUAAGAAUUUGCUAAAUAUGGAAUAUAAGCUUUGAGUUUUAAAGUUUUUAUAUGACAAGAGGGAAAAUAGAACAAGGAAACGCAAUGAUAGAUUGUUAUGAAAAAACAGAAAGGAUUUGCUGUAAAAAUUAAACACUAAGAAACAAGAGAGGGAGGAGGAGGAAGUCUAGAAAGGAAGUUAAUGGAGAUCGUAAAGGAUUUUAUAUUUCUGUUUUUCUGUUUUUCUUUUUUUCUUUUUUGCGGCUGGGUUUUUUCUUCUUUAUUAUUUCUGUAUUAUUUUUGUUUUUCUUUUUUUUUUCUUUUUUGUAUGUUCAAACUUUUUUGGUAAUUUUUGUUGUUAUUUGUUAUUUUUUGAAAAUUUAAUAAAUAUCAAUUUAAAAAAAAAAAAAGAAAGUGAUAUUUGAAAGGAAGAGGAAUAGUUAAUUUUUCAGAACAAUCCUUUAAAGAUCUUUAAAGAAGUAUUGUACAAGGCAAUUAAUGUGAAGGGAAUGCUGUUGAAAUUGUCAACUUCUCACACAGAUUCUGAUGAAAAUUGGGAAAUCGGGCAGGCUAAGUUUCAGAUGCCAGGUUAAAGUGGCUUUAUUUCAGGAGGCCUAUACAUCGUAAAUGUUUUGUUCUUGUAUAUUUUAAUAAAUGUUUGAGGUUUUGUAUAUUGCAUGCUUGCUUGUUUGUGAACCGCUUUUAGACCCAGGUGUGGGGGAAAGUGGGGUGUGCUUUAAAAUAAUAAUAAUAAUAAUAAUAAUAAUAAUAAUAAUAAUAAUAAUAAUAAAAUAUAGCAGCAAGCCACAGGUAAAUAAGCUACUCAGGCAGAGGUCUAAGCUGAAGACUGGAAAUGAAGGUGUCUGGUGGGCUUAUUCCAGAGACUAUUUCACAACAUAGGGGCCACUUCUGAAAAGUCUCCACUUUGUGUUUUGGUACAUAGGGCAUGUAGCAGUACCUGUCCAGGUGACCUGAGGGAACAAAUAAACUUGUGUGAAAGAAGCUCCUUCAGGUCACAGCAGUUGUGUCAGGUGAGGAGCACUUUGUUCUUGCCAUGUGGUUCAUUGCAGAAACUGGCUAGCUUGUGUACAGGACUACAGUUUUUCUUGUGACUAAGUCCAUUGAACUCUGUAGGAAAGCAAUUCAUCUGCAUUUAUCUCAAUAAAUCCUUAACUGCAACCCAUUGAGGCAGGUCAGGAUUUUCCCGAUAUGACAGAUUAAGGUUGGGUGGCAGUGGCUUGCCUAAUUCCACCCAGUGCAUAUCUGAUGAGAGGUGAACCAGGAACUUCCUGAUUUACAGCUCAUUCUUUUAUUUAAUAUGUUGUAGUCCUACCCUUCUUCCAAGGAGCUAAGGAUGGUGUAUUUAUUUUUAUCUGUUUAAAAUAUUUCUAGGCUGUCUUUCUGGGCAAUGCCUGUCCGAGGCAGUUUGCAAAAAUUAAAAAAUUGCAACAAUGCAACAACCAUCAAACCAUCAAAUUCCUUCCCUCCACUCUGAGAACAGUCCAUAAAAUAUUCAGCCAGCCAAUUAAAGCACUAUCCACAGCAAUGAGAUACCAUAGUCCAGGCCAUAAAACAUCAGUCAGGAAUAAGGCAAUCGGAAGAGUGUACAGCAAAUUUAAGAGGUAUGUUAGGAAGAUGAUUGUAUAGGGUGACCCGGUCAGCUUCGUGGAUUAUUUGAAGCCAGAUCUAUCCUGUCUGAUCCAGCAUUUGGCUGUCUGUGGCUAUGUUACAGUAGCUCAUUGAACUUCUAAAAAUGUUUAGAGAUGGUCGUCACAUUAUUUUUUUUAAGUUCCUGUUUUAAUUUUACUGUAUUUUCUAAAAAGAUGUUGCAUCAGGAACCCUUUGGUUUGUGCUUUUGAAGCUCUUAUACUAGGUUUUUGGUUUUGGGGGGUUUUUUUUGUCACUCCAGGGAACUACCUUGGAGAGAUGCCACAAUUUCCUUGGCCUAAAAUGAGGCAGAUAUCAUUUUCUACCAAUUUUUAAAAAAAUUAUGUGGGCAAGAAGCAAUUUUUUUCUUUGUAUAUUAGUUAUAAAAGUUUGUUUCCAAAGAGAUGAUUUUGAUUUACUUCUGAAGGACUUGCGCAACCCCAGGGGGAUUUUUUGCUUUGAACUUCUGUUGCUCCGGUGCCAUAGUGCAAAGUGUUUUGAAAAGGCUGAAAACAUGGCAGCACAAAUUAAAAUUAUUAUUAUUUUUUGUAUGAACCAGAAUGAAGGCAUCAAGUUGGACUGGAAAUUUGGAACACACUUACAAAAGUAUUAUUUUUAAUGUGCAAAUAUGAGGACACAGUUGAUGAGAUAUCAGAGUUCUGUAGAUUGGUGGAACCUAUUUUACAACUGGGGAAACAAUAAUUUCUUUUAGGCCAUCACAGUUUGCAAAGACAUGAAUGAGUCACAGUGAGCCCUGGUCUCCCACGGUACCCACUUUCUUUCUCCUCUUUUGCAAGGGGGUGAUCAAAAGCUUACAGUUGUGUUUAACCACAGUUUGUUGUGUUGCCUGGACUAUGAAUGGAUUCAAACAAGCCAACUUCAGACUAAAGUUACUGAAGCUGGCUUGUUUAAACUAACCAUAGAAAAGAUUAACCACAGUUCCACGUCUGGAAGGAAUAGCAAUAUGUGCUUCAUCAAAAGUGGUAUCUUCCAAAUUAUUCCUUGACAAUGUGGGAAGAGGAUCAAGUGAGUAGGAAGGAGUGGGUGAGCCCAAGGCUCAUUGCCGCUCAUUCAGGUCAUACUAAACUGGUUUAGUGCGACAUGCAAGUGCAGUCAUUGAGCACAGAGCAUGAAUUGAACUUUGAUCCAAAGUAAAACACUCCUCUGACCCACAUGAACUCUCAUUAGUCCUUUAUGUCCAGAGGAAGCAAUCACAUUAACAUGAGUUGCUACCUCUUGAGAUUAAUAAAUUGUCCUCCAUCCAUAAUGCUCAACCUAUUUAUUUGAGGAACAAAAUGAAUGUUAUCAUUCUGGACACUUGGAGGGAAGAAAGGAUUCCACCCCUCCCAGAAUAUAUUUUCCCAAUCAGUUUCCUUAACGUUUUCUUAUAUGACCCAAACUGUUGUUCUGGCUUGGGUAUGAGUGUAAUUGUGUGUACAUAAACGAACCUUCACCCUUGGUAUCCCCACUCCACUCACAAAUCUUGCAAACAAUAUUUUUUUUAUAUGAAACUUAAAGUACCUCGGGGAGAGAGUGAGCAUUUCAGUAAUGUAUGAUAUCAUUGGCUGACCUAAGAUUACUUACUCUUUUGACAGCAGGAUGACUCUUGUGUUAAAUACUUAAAAAAAUAAUGAUAACUUGGUCUAAUGAUGGCAGUGAUGUCAUCAGGAGUUGCCCAGACUUCAAAGAGGAUAACUGAGUCCUUAGUAGAGGCUAAAUGAAAAUGGAAGACUGAUUUCUAGGAGAUUUGGCUAAGCAUUAAGGCUGGAUGAUUGACCACAAAGUUUCUGGUUUGGCCAAAGCUGUAAUUCUUAGAAACUGAAUUCUGUCAUCAUAAAAAAACAAAGCUGUCUCCUGAGGACAGGAGAGGAGAACAUGAAGCACCAAAACAUAUUCCAUUGCCUGCCCUAGGGGGUGGGGGGAGUAAUUUCAGGUCAGUGCAAGGAGGAUGGAUUUUGUAUUGAAAUGUUCAAGUGAGGGAAUUAAUGGAGUGCAGAGUCUGAGGUCAAUAUGCUUGGUGGAGGAAACAGAAGAUGAGUUUGCAGAUGACUAAUGAUUAUGCCUAAUUUUUCUAUGAUACUGCGGGGUUGGCUUGCCAUGCUUCUGAGAAAUCAAACUCCUGCUUUGUUUUGCAAUCAGUUAUUGCCAGCAUGUUGCUUUCUGCUCCAGUGUCACAUGCAGCCUUGUUUACUGCUUUUAGCAAUGCCACAAAAAGCAAGAAGUGAAAGGGGCAUGUACGGAAGGAUAGAACCUUUCACAGGCCUCUUACAUGAGUCCCAGUGGCAUUUGUUUUAAGUCCUGUAAAAGAAGAAUUGUUCUCUUGUGGUUCUUUCUCCUGCUAGGGUUUCAUAAACAUAAGUAGGUUGUGUAUCAGUUGCAUUUUUAAAAGCAGAAUUUUUUCCAUCUCUCGGGGUCCCGUUUCUCUCCCGGAGAUAUUUUUGUGCUGUCUGGAGGGGAGUGGAAAAAUGAGCUGAGAGCAUUUUAUACUUGUUGAAGGAACGCCCUGGCUCUGUAAUGCUGGAUUGCAGGAUUCCACUGCUGGCAGCCGGUGUGGAGAGGGAGGGAGGGAGAACAGUAAGCGUGAAUGGAUGAGGAAAUGAGUCAGUAAAAUGCAGGCCCAUGAUCCACAUGCAAGGAAGUAAAGUCGGCCUAGAAGGUAAAAGUUGCAGAACAGCCCCCCCCCCCCAGUGCUUGCCACAUCCUCCCCCCCUUUCUUUUUAACAAUCCUAUUUGCAUGCUACUUUUCCUUCUUCACAUCUCUACCUUUUAAGCUGUCUUACGUUUUUGACAAGGCUCUGCCAACAGGAGUUUAAGACAGAAAUGCACAUUAUUUUUCAAAUAUGUAAAAGUAAAUUAAUUGUGCAGAGAGGCGCUGGUGGAGUUGAAUGCAGCCCUAUGCAUGGACACUAAGCAGAUAGAUACUUUUGAAGAGCAAGACUCUCCCCACCAGCCAGUUAACCAGGCAGGGAAGUCAGGGUGAAGGGCUAAUGGUUCUUACUCUUCACUGAUGCACACAAAUGGCCACGUGUGUAUGGCUAGGUGAACUCCUGAAAAUAUAUAUGGACAAAUAACUUCUUCUGACGUAUUUGCAAGUGCAGAUGAAUACAAGUCAGCCAACAGUCCACAUUGGGGAUCUGCUGAUCAGAUAAAACAAAUUGCAGUACGAUAAACUUAUGCCACAUAAUAAAUGCCAGGUAUUGACAUUGCAGUUGUGUUCCAGAUACUGACAUUUGCAUUGUUUCCCAGUAGUUUCUGUGUCUCUCCAAAUCCUCAGGAUGUAUUAUUGGAGGAGCUGAUGUCAACUAUGAGUUCUGUAUUGAGAUCGUGUUAGGUGUAGAAUUCUGAAUCAUCACUAUGUUCUCAGGUGGUUUCCUAGCUAAUGUUGAUUUCAGCUUUUCCAAGUGCAUUAUCUAGUCUCCUCUCUGCGCAACCAGUUAUUUUAUUUGCCUUCAGAUAGGAAUACUUUUUAUAUGUUACUUCACUUGUACUGCAGAAAAGCGAAGGGUGAUAUUUCCGUUUCCUCAUGAAGCCCUGCAGGUGUUGGAAAUAAUGUUAAAAUCCAGGUUGUUAAUUGGUGACAAGUCAUUGGUGACUAGGGUUGGCUUUAAUCUUAAUUAAUCUUAAUGUGCGUGCAAGAUGUUUGGCUAAGUGUCAGUUAUUGCUAUGAGAGUGGAGACAAUUCAUAAGGCGGGAAAUAGCUGAUUGACUAAUACCUCUGCUUUAUUAUCAGUCUUUGGAAGUCAAACCCACCAGGCACCAGAAUGUAUUUCUAUCCCACAGAAAAGAAUUUUUCUAUCCCUAUCUUCUCUGUUCUUUAUCAAGCAAGCUGCUUGUUUAUGUUAUCUAGCAAUGGUAUUUAGUAUUCUUGUGUCUUAGUUGGUAAGCUUCCUGGUAUGAUUCAUCAUGCUCUUUUUAAUUGCCUUGACUUUGUAACAUCAAAAUCCAUCAGAGAGCUUCUUUUUUUUACUUUUAAAAUUGUGAAUAUUGUUUCAUUAUAUCUUUGCCCAAUUUUACAACAGUUUUUGUACGCUGCAGUUGGCACUUGAGUUUUUCGGUGGUUUGAGGGUACGGCAAACUGUGUCUGUGACAAAACUCUGUUUGGCAUUUCUGGUUGUGAUAUUUUGGGGAGCAAAUAAAGGGACUGAUCCUUUUUUCUGUCUGCAUUUAGGUACUUCCCUUCACCUUCCUCCUAUUUACUGUAUAUUGCUCGAUGCUGAAAGAAAAUAUAGCAAGCCUUUAAUCAGCUACUCGAAGAAUGGGAAGCAGUGAAACGGGGAAAUUCCUGAGCAGAAAUGACAGCAUCAAAUUUCUAUGGAAGCCCCUUUGAAAAAAGUGAGCAGAUGUGGCCUUGUCUUCUAGAAAUCUCUGUUCCCAAGUGCAGUUUGAUCAUCCCUGCAGAAGCUUCUGGCUGCAUCAUCUUCUGCUCUCAGACACAUAGUUCAUAACAGUGGAUCAUUCACUGGAUAUCUGUCAGCUGGAUAUCUUAUCAGCCCUUGUGUGUAAAGCAUGCUGGGUUGGAUUCAGAAUCCCUGCGAGUUGAGCCCCCCUUGUGGGAGGCAUCUGCUGGAAGGAAAGGGAGGAGGUGAUCUUUGCAGAUUCCUGCAGCUCUUCCCCCCACUCCCACCCUGUGCCAUAUGAAAAGUUGCUGCAGCCGCUUGGGUGACCCUCCAGAGCAGUUGGUGGGGCAAUGGGCAUACAGAUGGAAGGGGAAUAUGGUGGAACUUACCUCCUUCCCCAUCUCUGUCCCUUCUACAGAUUGAAGCAGUCCUUCCAUUUGCUGAAGGGACACUCUGGAACCAACCUGUUAGUGCCUUUCUUUGUGUUCAGGGGAUUCUGCUGCUGCUUUAGCGUUGCAGAUUGUAAGACCAGAGCAACCUUUCUUGCAAACUCAGUUGCCUGACAAUGCUCAAGGCGGUCUGUUUUGGAACAGAAGAACUGCCAGUGGGUGCAUAGUAGCGUUUGUUGCAGGAGGGAGGAGCAGAACACUCCAUCACAUCCUGAAGUAGGAUCUUAAUUGGGAGCUAGGAGAUUUUGGUGCAAAAAACCCCCACAUCUGUGCAGGCUCUGAAAAACGCUCCUUGGUAAUCUCCUGAUAUUUUUCGUACUGUGCGUUUAUAUAGUGUUUCUGUGAGUUAUUUAUACUUAACCUUAGUCUCUACCCAAGCUAUUAUUUAGAUCAAUUAUUACAUUUUCUUUUUAAAAGCAUUCAUUGUUAGGCUCGCCUCUGGUUCUCUGGUCAUACCAGACCUAGACAUGCCUUGGCAAACUGAACCAUGCUAUUUAAGUACGGGUCAAGAAAGGUUCAUUGCUAGUAGUAGCCAGCAAAUGAAGUUGGGCUAUCUGUGUAAUGCGACAAUGCACUCUACUGAGUCACUGGAGAAGAGAACAUUCUGCUUGCAGCAGAGGCACGGAAUGCAUCUAGUGCUUCUUUCUACAAAGCAAACAUUUGUCUCUAGUUUCAAACAGGGUAAUUCCAUUUGGGCAGGGUUGAUGGUGGCUGACUUACAGUAUAUGGGAACAGGCUUAAGAUACGCUAUGGAACACUUAUUUGGUACGUUGAUUUGUCAGACUUCUAAACAAGUUUUUUAAAAAAAUGGUGCUCCUCCACCUUAGGCUGGUGAAAGGACUGCAGAGUGUUGAUACCAUGAACUGUAGACUCCUUAUCCAUUAUCUCAAAUCAGCUGGUCUGCAAAAGAAUUGCAGAACAGCCAGAUAUAUCUGCACCUAGCUUUGCACACUAUUUUUAUUUUUUCCAACAAUGGGGAUUGAGGCCAGGAUUAGAUUAUCAAAGAGGCAAGCAAGGCCCCAGCCCAGGGACCACAGUUUUAAUAAUAGCACAAUUUGCUUUUAUUAUGGCCAUUUAUAAUCUGCCCUUCACCCAAAUGUCCUGGGGGAAAACACAUAUACAUUUAAACCAAGAAUUAAUCAUCUAAAACCAAGCAAACUACAACAUACACAAGUUAAUUUGCAAUGAAAACUAAAGGCAGGAACAGCAAAACCAGGCACUCUGGUCCCACUGGAGCUUCUGCAAUGGAGUGCUCCAAGUCUGAGGUUGGCAGUCCCACAUCCUUGGGCCAGAGGGGCAUUGCCUCCUAUCCUUGUCUUGUGGAAGCGCUUCAAGAUCUGGUCCUGCCUUCUUGUCCGCUUUGGAUUUGGAGUCCCCUUGAAGAACGGGAAUGUGGCUCCAAGUCUCUGGCGGGGUAGAUCGACUGGCUGAGUUUUUGAAAGCUUCACGCAACAGUGUUGAGUUAACUGGUUAUCCUGACCUGAGUUGCAGGUGUUUAAUUUUCUGUUUAUUUCUUUUCUUUUCCAGGCGCUGAAGCUAAGCGGGCCGCCGAAUAGAAAGAGGGCUGAAACUUGCCUCUUAGAUCUCUGCAUGGACUAGACUUGCAGAGGGGAGAAUUUCUUUUUUGCUGUCUUUAUACUUACCCUCUCCUUUGUGCACAAGCACUAGCAAUGGGUUGGCUGUUAAUCUGAGAUACCUUGUCUCUUCCUUAUCCUCGGGAGGAUAGACUGAACCAUGAGUCUGCAGGCCCAUCCAAAGUCUUCAAGCAAGAGGACUGGGAAGCGGAUUGCCUUUUUCAAUGAGGAAGAAGUUCAGCAGCAGCAACAACAGCAACAGCAGCAGCAGCAGCAGCAGCAACAGCUGCUGCUUAAAGAAGGGCAGUACUUCAACCAUGGGGGGAAUGUGCCUUCUUCCCAGGGCAUGGAGCUUUCCAAGCCAGGUGUAUACGGGGGCGUCCACGGAAAUGCUGCUUUGCUGAACUCUCUUUAUCAGGAUAGAGGCGAUGCGAGGAUGAUCCCCCAGCAGCUGGCUGCUGCCAAGUGGCAGAACUCUCUGGUGGGGAACCGGCUACCAGAACGCAGCGAUGCCAGCUGGCAGCCUCAACCUGGAGGCUGGAAUCACGGGAUGGUGUAUGGGGGUGCCCAGAAAGGGGGGCACCCCAAUGCCAACAUCCCAGGUUUCUUCAGCCACCAAGAUCCCCUGAAGAGGAACCGGGAGAAAGGUGUGGUGGUGUCUCACUUGUAUGGAGAUGCUGUGCAACAGAUGAUGUCUCAUAAAGCCCAGUUAGAACAGCAAGCCCUGGUCAGGCAGCAAGCCCAGAUUAAUUCUUUUCAGCAAAUGCAGAAGCAGCAGCAGCAGCAACAGCAACAACAACAGCAACAGCAACAGCAGCAGAAUCAGACCCUCCCGUUGCAACCUUUCCAGCUUGCCUUUGGCCACCAGGGCCAGAAGCAGGGUCUCCCUGAACUGUUGCAUUGCUUUCAGCAAGCUCCUCCUACUUCCAGCCCAGCCUUUAUCGCCCAGCAGAAGCAACAAGCUCUUCCACAGUUGCAGCUGUUUGAAAACUUUUAUCCGCAGCAGCAGCAGCAGCAGCAGCAGCAGCAGCAGGCGGCUGUGCAAGGCUUUGGCAUGCAGCAACCUGCAUCUGUCACGCAGCCUCAUGGGGCAGGGCCACCCCAGCCUCCUCAGCAUCAUAUGGUUUCCCAUCAGUUCCACCCGGUUACCGAGCGGAACCAGGAGCUGCUGAAGGCGCUGACGGAGCCAAAUCCACAGACUGUCCUUCCCCAGGCCCAGAUCCCUCUCCCAAGGAGAUCACGGAGGCUUUCCAAGGAAGGUGUCCUGCCAGCGUCUUCCGCAGAGGAAGCUUUGGCAUCCAAGCCAGCUGAGGAGUAUUCUGGCGGUGUGUUGCCCCAUCACUGGCAACCGCAGCAGCACCCAGAAGUCCAGUUUCGACACCAGCCCGAAGCGUUCAGUCACAACAAGGAGAUCUAUUUGCAACCUGGCAGAGCGGAGCUGGAGCAUGGGGAGAUGCCAGCUGGCGCCCAGCCCGAAGCGGAGAAAGCAGGCGUGUAUGAGAACGCCAGGCAGGCAGAAAAGCCGGUGGGUGCCACGGAGGGCCUUGGCCAGAGAGCCAACGACUUUGGUGGGGUCAGAGGCGGCGUCAUCCAGAGCACGCGGAGGAGACGGCGUGUUUCUCAGGAAGCCAAUUUGCUAACCCUGGCUCAGAAGGCUGUGGAGUUGGCUUCUCUUCAGAAUCUCAAAGUAAGUGGCAUUUCCUGACUCGCACCACGACUAUUGCCUCACCUCACAGGAUGCAACACCUUAAAAAUGUUAGCAGACACCACUAUUCCCCUGUUUGUCCAUUUAGAAAGCAUAAUCCCAACAAGAGCUUGUAAAUAAUAAUAAAGUAGUAGUAGUCAGCAAAUGGCUUCUUCUUUUUUUGAAGAGCAUAGGACUUACAAGUGUAGUUUCUGGGGAACAGGUAAUUCUUACCCUGUCCGUUGCAUUUUGCUCUGAAGAUGACUUAAGUUAGGACAAUUAAUUUCAGUACAUCUGCUCUGAGUAAAAUGUAACUUAAUACUGCCUGUUAAAGUCUCUAAUGUCCUGGGACCAAGUUUACCAAUUGUUAACAUCACAGCCAGGUACAAGGCUUUCUACACUUAACUGCACCAUUUGGAAAACAAACACAAAGCACCUUCUCUCUCUCCCCCCCCCCCCUUGUGUGUUUGUGUCUCUGCAUGUGCUAUGCUUUUCGCCUUAUUUUUGGUUCCCUCUUCCUCUCUAGCAAACAUCUCCGACAACUGAAUAAAGAGAGAGCAAAUGCUAGCUCCGUCUCCCAGUAGCCAGGCUAGCUUUGCCACUCCCUUCCGUGGAAUGGGAUAAGGCUGUAAAAUGAAGAGAAGGAACUGCUGUGUGACAGAACACUUAUCUCUCUCUUUCCCCUCCUCCUGCCACAGUAAUUAAGGAAGUCUCCAACAUAAACCCUUGGGAGUUUUCAGCAAAACUUUUGUAAUGUCUGAGCUUACAUUUUUUUAAAGAUGGGAAUACAUCAAGUGUAUAGCCUGCUGAAACUGGAAACCUGUGGGGAGUUUCAGCUAAUAACUUCAGUAACUGAGAGGGUUUGAAUGUGACAUUUAGCUGUCAUAUGACAAUCAGUUAACUUUGAAGUUUGGAUUCAAAGUAGUCUUGCAUCCUCCCCAUGCUAAUAGUCAUUGUGAAUUAGUCCCAUAGAUUAGUAAAGGAGUGGGAGGAAGCAAUAGGAUGCUUGGCCUGGAUGGUGUAAUUACUAGUGUGUUAGAUUUGGACAUGGGAGUUUGAGACUUGGUAAUACUCAGGAAUCUGAAACAGUAAUACAGCCAAGCUUGCCUUCUACCCUCUUGCCACAGAAUAUUCACUAUCCGGAUGGACCACCUAUAGAAUGCGUAGUGAUGUUAGGUAUGUUUGUGUGUGUUUUAAAUAUCUGGCUAGAGCAAAUACAGGGAUGUGGGUGGCGCUGUGGGUUAAACCACAGAGCCUAGGGCUUGCUGAUCAGAAGGUCGGUGGCUUGAAUCCCCACAAUGGGGUGAGCUCCCAUUGUUUGAUCCCAACUCAUGCCCACCUAGCAGUUCGAAAGCACACAGUGCAAGUAGAUAAAUAGGUAUCGCUCUGGCGGGAAAGUAAACGGUGUUUCCGUGCGCUGCUCUGGUUCGCCAGAAGCGGCUUAGUCAUGCUGGCCACAUGACCCGGAAGCUGUACGCUGGCUCCCUCGGCCAAUAAAGCGAGAUGAGCGCCGCAACCCCAGAGUCGUCCGCAAUUGGACCUAAUGGUCAGGGGUCCCUUCACCUUUAGAGCAAAUACAGUCAAGCAAUCAUGUCCUCUGAUAGACCCCAUUUCACCAAGAAGAUUGUAUCAGGAGAGAUAAUGUCACCCUAGUAAAAGGGCAUGAAUCCAAAGAAGUCAACAGGAAAUCAGAUCUGAUAGUUGGUAAUGGGCGCAGUAUCCAGUGCUGCCCAUGCACAAGCAAAACAGACUUCUGCUUAUGCAAGAGGACUUGACCUCCCUGCAGGCCCUAGCACACUCUCAAAAUCUGUUCUGGAAGGUGGGUAGCUGGGUGACUUGGGAACAAAUUUUGGCUGCACAGGGAAACACAGGAAGGUGGAAUCCCAUUGUGUGACCAGAAGUCUGCUCACACAACAUUUGGAUUAUGCUCAGUAUCCUUAUAAAAACAUCUGUUUGAGUAUGCAAAACAAUUAACCUGAAGUUCUAGGAGGAUAAAUGCAUUGGACUCCUGGAUUGUGUACACAAGAUAGAGACAGCUGACUCCUUUUUCUUCUUCAUUGCAUUCCUUGGAGUCCUUGGUAGAAGAUGCUGCCAUUAUUUACUACUUUCCCUUGCUGUAGUUCCAGACUCAUAAACUUUCAUGCAUCAUCUCUCCCAAGUCAAGAAAAUUACCAUACUUGUCUGUACUGGCAGUACCACUUUUAACCUGGGGGCAGUUGGAUGCAUGUGUGGUAAAUCACAUUUGAAUGCCAAAGGGUUUAGCAGGGUAGCAAGUUUGUUUGUUUUCAAAAUUUAUCCUCCACCAAAGGAGUUGCCUGAAAUGGCUUACAUAUAAAAAGGCAAAAAAAAUAAAAUAAAAAGCAAUAAAUCAAAUUCUUAAAAAAUGAGCAAAUAUUAAUAAUAAUAAUUUUUUAUUUAUAUCCCGCCCUCCCCAGCCAGAGCCGGGCUCAGGGCAGCUAACACCAGUAAAAUUACUUUUAAAAAAAAACCACACACACCAAUUUAAAAUACAGGUUAAAAUAUAAUUUAAAAUGCAGCCUCAUUUUAAUAGUAGCCCAUAAAUCAAAACCAUAAGGGGAGGGAAACAUAAGGGUCAGACUGAGUCCAAAGCAAAGGCCAGGCAGAACAGCGCUGUCUUGCAGGCCCUGCAGAAAGAUGUCAAGUCCCACAGGGCCUAGUCUCUUGUGACAGAGCAUUCCACCAAGUUGGGGCCAGUACUGAAAAGGCCCUGGCCCUAGUUGCGACCAGUCUAACCACCUUGUGACUUGGGGCCUCCAAGGUGUUGUCAUUUGUGAACCUUAAGGUCCUCCGCAGGGCAUACCAUGAGAGGCGGUCCUGUAGGUACGUGGGUAGAAUCAAAAUCUCUUAUGUAACCUAACCUCUUGGGGCAGGGAGUUCCACAUAUGGGGCAGCACCACAGAGAAAUCCAUUGACCAUAGCUUAUUGUUACCUUAUUCAGAUACCUUAAUGCUCACGUGACCUUUUUGUUCUAAGGAGCCAGAAACUUCAGAAGAAAGGAACAGGAGUGAGGCGGCAGUCACUGCACCCAGGAGUGUCGUAGAGUUUGCCGGUUCUUCGCCAGCCCCGAAGAGAGCCCGGGAAGACAGCAGCCUUGUGCCUCUCAUCAUGCCCGUGUCUGUGCCUGUGAGGAGGCUGGACUCUCAUGAUAUCAGUAGUGAGAAGGGAGAGGAAGGGAAGCCACAGCGGUUUGUGGCAAACGACCGAAGCUUUGCUGAAAGCAAACCUUCCGUAAUCGUCACCCGGAGGAGGUCGAAUCGCAAUUUGAACACAGACGUGCCAACUCAGGUAGGUUUGUGUUUGGGAUCCUGAUUGUGGUCAUGGGGCAGUAAAGUGAAUCUUACUGGGUCUUUUCUUGUUGGUUAUUUGUGGCUGCAGCGUAUUGGUUCAGGUCAUCCCUCUUGUUCUCUGCCACCGGCCUGGUUCUCAUUGGGCUGGCCCAAGACUUUUUGGCACCUGAGGUGAACCACAAAAUGGCACCCUCCACAGUGCCAGGGAAAAGGGGCUAUUUUCUCCUUAGAGAAAAUAGGUGAAGCAGACUUGUUUAAAAAAAAGAAUAAAUCAAUUCUGGCUGUAUCUGGUAUUAAAAUGGUGAAACCUCUCUGGCUGCUUUGACCAUAGAAAGGAGAAGCAAAGGAUAUGAAAGCCAAGUCAUCUUUGGUGGUAGGAAUUUGAUAGGCUGAAUAAAUAGCUUUCAUUUGAGUGAGAGUGAUUUCAAGGAGGUUUUAUCAUGUCAAGUAUGUGGACUAUUUUUGAAUUGUAUAGAAAUUAAUGUCUUUUGAGAGACUGUGAAAGCACUUAUGUGUCGGCAGAGACCACAGAAAGCAAAUGUAAAUAAUUGCACAUGAGGACUUUACAUCUUUUCCCCCCUACAUUUCUUCCUACACAAAUGAUUUUCCUAAAUGUAAGUCGGGCAUGGUGAUCUUGCAUGAAACUUUCACAGCGCCUAUAAGCAUUGUGUGGUCACUAAGUAGUCACAGCUGGCAUUUCCCCAUCUUAUUUACUUGGGUCUUGAUGGGGAAAAUUAUGGUUGUAUUGGCCUCAUAAAUGACUGGCAGAAUACAAUCUUCCACGAAGAAAAGGUUUUCUGAGAGAGACUUAUCUGUGCUACAUCGUCCAAGCCUGAUGUCUUUAUAAGGCCACAUUGUGUUUCUCACAGCUCCAACAAAUUUUACUAUUACAUUUAUCUCCCCACCCCCCAGGAGCUCAAGGUGACAUGCAUGUUUCCUUCCAGUUUGUUCAGAGGAUAAAAUAAGAGCAGGGAGGAGCCAUGUAUGCCACUUUGAGCUCUUGUGAGGAAAAGGAGGAUAUAACUACAAUUUACAGUUGUACCUUGGUUCUCAAACGCCUUGGUACUCUUACGUUUGGUACUCUUACACCGCAAACCCGGAAGUAAGUGUUCCAGUUUUCAAACAUUUUUCGGAAGACGAACGUCCAACACAGCUUCCACUUGAGUGCAGGAAGCUCCUGCAGCCAAUCGGAAGUUGUGCCUUGGUUUUCGAACAGUUUCGGGAGUCGAAUGGACUCCCGGAACGGAUUAAGUUCGAGAACCAAGGUACCAUUGUAUUUGUUUAAGGUAGGUUAGGCUAAGAAAAAGUAACUGGCUCAGGUCAGCCAGUUGUGGCUGAGUGGAAAUUUGAACAUUGGAUUUGCCAGUCUCACUUCAACUUCACUCUGGAUUGGCAAAAGCCGAGAAGUACAACUGGUUGUUAAUUGAUGGUGUGUCAUUCUUGGAUUGAAUGCAAUACUUUUGUGGUAGUCCUAAUUAGAGCUUACGUUUUUCAGGACAGAGAGCUUCCUUUUCCUGCUCUAAAGCACCAUGAGUUGAUGGUGCUAUAUACAUAACAACAAUACCCAUAUAAGUUAAAACAAGCACAUACCAGUUAAUGGAAUGAGCUGGUGGAGCAGCCAUGUUAUUUCCAUUUGGUUGAUACUGAUGUUUGUCGGGGUGUGUGUGUUAGAUUGAAGUACUUUGAACUGUGUGAACCAAAACUUGUUUCCUUUUCAUAGCAUGAAGGACCUGUUCCAAAAGAAGAAGUGGAAGGCUUUGCACGGAAACCGAAGCAGCGGCCCAGGCCAGAGCCUCUCUUCAUACCACCGAAAGCUGGCACCUUCAUUGCUCCGCCUGUCUAUUCCAAUAUCACACCCUACCAGAGCCAUUUGCGCUCACCUGUCCGCUUGGCAGAUCACCCUUCCGACAGGAACUUUGAGCUACCUCCUUACACUCCCCCGCCAAUACUUAGCCCAGUGCGAGAGGGUUCCGGACUUUAUUUCAACGCCAUCCUUUCUGCUAGUGGUAACUCAGUUCCACCUCCUAUGACUCCUAAAAGUGCACACAGGACACUGCUCAGAUCCAGUAAGUUCCCAUGUAUUGUCCUUUUGAGGGUAGAAUGGGAGGAGGAUCACGGCUGGAGGAAAUAAAUUAUGACUCGGCAACUGUAGAUAGAUGGCCUCUCACAAGUUGGGGUUUUUGUUUGUUUGUGGAACAUUGGACUGCAUCCACCGUGAUGACAUCUUAAGUUAGAAAAUGGUAUCGGAACAGUGUAUCAUUGCUGCAUUUGAAAGAAUGCUAGAUAACAAAAAGAUUGCAUGGUAAAGAUUAAGACCCACCCUUCUUAUAGCCAUAUGUAGCUUUGUCAAACAAAAAAAUUUAGUUGACCUUAUAAAUAAGCCAAGAAGUUUACUAGCCUGCUAAUAAGCUACUUUUCCAUGCUGACUGUGAAGUAGGGAGAAGCCCUGUUUUCUGUUGCCAGCACAGGUUACUUGCCUCCUAGCAGACUACCUUAAAAAAGUAAGGAGGUGCUGCUAAGUGGUCUGAUGGGAUAGAGCAAUCAGUCCUCCAUGCCCUUCAGCCUCCUGAGUUUCUGUGCUUUCCUUCCACACAGCAAGUGUGGAAACCCAGGAGACCAGCCAAGGAGAAAUGGAGUGAUCCAUCCCUCCUCUACAAGCUCACCCACUCACUGUAUGUGGUUCUGAGUUACUGAUGGCUACCUCACGAGUUGUUAAAUGCAAGGCUGAUAUCAGAACAUCCUUAAGGAGAAGCAGGGCCAUGGAUUAAUUGUGUCAUCUUGACUUGCAGAUAGCGCAGAGGUCACCCCUCCUGUCCUUUCAGUAAUGGGAGAGUGUACUCCUGUCAGCAUUGAACCGUAAGUACUCUGUGGUGGGGGAGCACAGUGCAUCCACUGAGCUCCAGUGCUAUUUUUCCAAAAAAGAAGUUCUCUUAGAAUGGCAAUGGCGCCCACCUGAGAUGUGCCAGAACUGAGUUCCAGCGAGUUCUGGCUGAAACAGAGCCCUGCCUAUAACCAGUCCUGGUCAACAGCUGGUAGCCUUUGAUAGCCUCCAUGAAUUUAUCCAGUGUUUUCUCCAUUGAAACAUAAAAAGCUCUUUCCGCAUAUUUCCUUUGACAUUAUUCUAAUGACUCCCUUGCUGCUAAUAUAUAGCAUUCUGCAAAAGUGUGCAAUCAUAUAUAUUGCAUUCAUCCUCCAAGCAGCUAGAUCCCAGAUGCAGUUGCAUGCAGCACCGCAUUUCAAGAAGGUAGCUGCUGUCACACAUCUCCAUCCAUACUGCAACAGGAGUUGAAAUACUUGUCUUGGAAGGUGGGAGGACUUCAGUCUUGUUCUUACUACAGCCCUGUGGUUCCUCAGUCGUUCAGUUCUCACUCUGCUCUCUCUGGCAGCAGCUCCUGGGCUCAAGACAAUUCAAGCCAAAAAAAGAACAACCCCCAAAACACUGUGUCUUUAUAGAAGCAAUUUGUUUCCACCAUCUGGUCUCAGAAACUUGUAAUGAGUUGACAAUUUUAUGUGUGUGUUUUAAUGGGAACACACAACAUUCCAAUUACAGGAAUAUAGGGAUUUGCUGUAUUUGGAGCUUAAGCACUUUAACCAACCUCUGUGUGCAGAGGUUCUGUAGCUCUGAAUAGCAGACGUUGGUAUACUUAAUAAUAAUAAUAAUAAUAGUAAUAAUAAUAAUUUAUUAUUCAUCUGGCUGGGUUUCCCCAGCCACUGUGGGCGGCUUCCAACAAAAUAUUAAAAUACAAUAGUCCGUCAAACAUUAAAAGCUUCCCUAAACAGGGAACUGGUUAACGACGAUGUUUGAGAGCUUCCAGACAGGAUACAAACUCCUGUUACCUGAUUUUUUUUUCAUAACGGCAAUUGGUUCCUGGAGCUCACAGAGUAUUACCUACAUGUUAUUGCAGCAUAGUCCUAAACAAGACAGUGCAGAAAUAUGUCCCACUGAGUUUAAUGGGGACUUACUACCUGGUACGUGUUCUUAGGACUGUAGCCCGAUUCUGUGCAAAUUCACUCAAAAAACAAACACCCAUUUGGUUCCAUGGGUUUUACUCUUGUUUCAUGUGCAGAGGACUGUUGCCUUAAGUUCUCUUUCCUUUGCCCUCUUGGAAGAGCUUGAAGCAUAGGAGGAGACUGGCUAUAAAAAUGCUGUGCUCAGAAGUUCUCCUCCUCCAAGAGAGUAUCAGAGCUUAGUGCUCGUGCCCAAGGAACAUGCAGACAGAGGGUUCAGAAACAAGGCUCUCCCUUUCGUUGCACUGACACGAUCUCCCUUGGCCUAUAGAAUGUGCUGCAUUCCAGCUGGUGGUAGUUUCAGUGAGAAGCACAGUUCUUAGACUGGCAGGACAUCACAUGUGCUAAACAGGCAGAGAGCUGACUGACAGCCCUCAAUCCCAGUUCUUUCUAGGAAAGGGGUUCACACCUCUACUGCCCAGUGCAGCUGGGAUUCUCCCAGAAGUUAAGGGCAAAGCAUGCUUAUAUUGCAAUGCAGUGCAGAUGUGGACCUGUAAGCUGCAAGUGCAGCUCCUAAACCUGCAAGGAUAUCUGUGAAUGGAAGUUGCUUCUGUGAGCUCUCUUCCACAUGCCUGCGGUGGUGGGUGACUUUUUCAAGAUGUGGCAGCAAAACUAUGGGGAGAGGUAGCACUUGAAUUUGAUCCUAUGUCUUUGAGUCCAGGAGUCUUCCCUAGGAUCAUUUCAGGGCCUUCCAGUGCUUGAUUAGAAGGGGGGGGAAAUAGUUUCAAGGCUUAAAUAAGCAACAUGCAAGAGAACAAUUUGUGUUUAAUUCUUCAGCAACAGCAGUUGAAAUCUGAACCUUAGCCAGUCUCCAAGUUAACAGAUUUAUUCGCCCCACUUUCAAAAUAAAACAAACUGGCAUCUCACAGCAUUCCUUAUAAAGCAUUCUUUUCCAUCAUAACAUGUGAGUAAAUGUCAUUCAGCCAUACUGGCAGGCUUCAGUAUGUGCUGCGCACAUAUAUAUAUCUCAAUACCAGAACAAUAAAGCCCGUUUUCCCCCUGUUACCAUGAUAUUUCUGUUUGUUUAAAAGUUUCUGUCUGUUUAUAUAAUUUGUAUCCUGAUGCUUGUUCAAGGAGCUUUGAGUGCCAUCUUGCGCUCCCACCAAUCUUGUGAAGUAGCUUAUAUUGACAUUAGCUGAAGACUCCAAAGAAAGCUUUACAGGUUAGCAGGAUUUUGAACCUCAAGUUCCCACAUUCCAGGCUUGGGGACGGCUAAACCAGGGGUUGCCUUCAGAUGGUGUGGAGUGCAGUUGCUAUUGUCCUCAGCCAGUAUGGUCCGUAGUCAGGGAUGAUGAGGAUUGCAGUCCAACAUCUGGAGGUUGCCACAUUUGCCAACUUCUAGUCUGACCUGUGGCCUUCCAGAUCUUGGACAAAAACUCCCACCAUCCCUGACUAUUGGUCAUACUGGCUAGAGGGGAGCUGGGGUUGAACAUCUGGAUGGUCAUCCAUUAGCCAUCCAUGCUGUAGUGAUUCUCCCACCCUUGCCAUGAAAAUAUAGUCAUACAGUCCGCUCGAUUUUCAAAAUGUUCAGAAACCAAGGUGUGGCUUCCAGUUGGCUGCAGGAAGCUCAUGCAGCCAAUUGGAAGCGGCACCGGACGUUCAGGUUCCAAAGAACGUUUGCAAACCUGAAUACUCACUUCUGGGUUUGUGGCGUUCGGGAGUUUGGCUCGCAAGUCGUUUGUCAACCAAGGUAUGACUGUUAUUUGUAGAUUUGAACUGGACCUUUGAGUCUUCCAUGACUAUCAUUUAGCAGGAUGCAUGCAUGGAAUGUGUGAAGAGUAGGCGAAGAAAUUUGCCAUAUUUGGCUCUCACAUGCUGUUACAUGUAAGUAAAGGAACUUACAGUUGUGUUCCCUGUGGGCGGCUUCCGAAUCUUGCUUUUCCAUUUUUAGCAUCCAUGCUCCUAGAUAUCCUAUACAGUAGUGGGGGGGCCCAAAAGAGAAAGACAAAAAACUUGUAUUUUGAAACUGAAACCUAGUGUUGGUUUAAACUGGAAGAAGCAGCAGCCAUGGAAUUGCAUACUGCCUGUUGCGCCAGUUGGAGUUUAGCUUGUUUUGCGGAGGCAAGCUUUUAACUUUAGCAAAUGAUCAUAUUAGAACUUGCAGGGUGAGUCGCUUUUAAAUGUACAUUUAUUUUGAUAGACGGAUCAAUGUGGGCUCCCGGUUUCAAGCAGAAAUCCCACCUCUUAGAGAUCGAUCUCUGGCAGCCUCUGACAAGGCCAAGGCAGAACUGGUGUGGCAGCCAUGGGAGGAGCUUGAAACGGAUGCGUCUACUCAAGAGAAUGGUAAGGAGCUUGGAAACUGAACUACUGUCUGUGGUGGUUUAAGUCUUUAAAACUGCUGUGUGGUCAACCACUAAUUGCUGUUGACCAUGGAUCCACUGUAAAGGUUGAGGCUUACCAAAUUUGAAGGGAAAUCUAGGUAAGAAAUUGGUGUGAAGGGAUGUAUAAGCUGACCUUUUGGUUUUCUCUGUCCCCUCCGCUCUGACCUGCACCUACCGCUUGUCUUGUUUUGUGCUGUGACAGUGGAGAACCUGUUAACUGCUGCUUGCUCAAGUAUAUUUCCUGGAGGUGGCACCAACCAAGAGCUGGCAUUUCACUGCUUACAUGAAACGAAAGGAAAUGUUCUGGUAAGUCUCCAGCAGUCGUCAGUGCGUCUAAUUGGAUUUGGCAGCAAGGCUGUUUGUAUUGGUCUCAGUGAGGGAAGUACUAGCCAAGUACUUGCCAAACUUAUGCACUCUGCACACUUUCACCUUCUACAAGGAGUGUCUAUGUUAGAAUCCUGCGUUUUGAAGAAUGCGCCUUUUGGCAGUCUCCUUCCUUUCUUCACUCAUGCCUCCCGGUUUCCCUGCUAAUGGUGCAUCUUCCUCUUAGCCAAGUGGUAGAGCAUCUGUUUUGCAUGCAUAAGGGGGUGGGAUCAACAUCUGGCAUCUCCGGGUCCAUCUGUGAAGGCCUCCUGCUUGAGACCUUGGGAAGCACUGCCAGUCAGAGCAGAUGUUUCUGAGCUUGAGACCAAUGGCCUUACUCAGUAUAUAAAACAUAGGAAGCUGCCUGAAACUGGUUGAUCUAGCUCACUUCUGUCUACACCAGGCACCCCCAAACUCGGCCCUCCAGAUGUUUUGGGACUACAACUCCCAUCAUCCCUGACCACUGGUCCUGUUAGCUAGGGAUGAUGGGAAUUGUAGUCCCAAAACAUCUGGAGGGCCGAGUUUGAGGGUGCCUGGUCUACACUGUCUGGCAGCAGCUCUCUGGGGCUUCAGGCAGGAGCAUUUCCCAGACUUACCCAAAGAUGCAAAGUAUAAGACAUCUUCAUGUGAACUGCAAAUGUUUGUUUCUGUUGCAAAACAUUUUUUUAGCUGUUUGAGAAGAAGGGUCCAAAAAUAAAAGUGCAGGUGCGCAGCUGGAAACACCAGAUUAGUUCUGCCAGUGGGCCUGCACCACUAUGUCCUCACUGCCAUCCUCACUCCCAUUCCAUUCCAGGAAAUGUGUUAAUAAUAAUAAUAGUAAUUUAUUUAAUAUUUAUACCCCGCCCAUCUGGCUGGGUUUCCCCAGCCACUCUGGGUGGCUUCCAACAGAAAACUAAAAUACAUUAACUUAUUAAACAUUAAAAGCUUCCCUAAACAGGGCUGCCUUCAGAUGUCUUCUAAAAGUUUGGUAGUUACCUAUUUUUCUCUUUGACAUCUGGUGGGAGGGCAUUCCACAGGGCGGGUGCCACUACUGAGAAGGCCCUCUGCCUGGUUCCCUGUAACUUGGCUUCUCGCAGCGAGGGAACUGCCAGAAGGCCCUCUGCGCUGGACCUCAGUGUCCGGGCAGAACGAUGGAGGUGGAGACGCUCCUUCAGGUAUACUGGACCGAGGCCAUUUAGGGCUUUAAAGGUGUGUUGGAAGCUUCCCAGAGUUUCUGGGGCAACCCAGCCAGAUGGGUAGGAUAUGAUGAUGACGAUGACGAUAAUAAUAAUAAUAAUAAUAAAUGUAUUAUUAUUAAAGUAAAACUUCCCUUUUUCACUUCAGUUGGAAGCUGUAUCUAAUAGGAAAGUUUCACCUGUAUAGUAUUGGAUCAGAUUCCUAUUUAUUAAUUUGCUCUGUUGAGUGUUAUAUAUAUAAAUUUAAGAAUUAAAUAAGUACUUUAGCAUCUCCUGCCACCUUAGGGAGACUUAAUUUUAAAGUCCACCUAUCGCUGCAUAAUGAAACUGCUUCAGUAAUACCAGCACACGUGCUUACAGGUUUCUUGAUAAGUCUCUUCAGAGUACAGAUACAACUUUAAUAGUAUCUCUUCCCUACAUUUUGCCUGAGCUCUAGUCAUUGCAGCUGAUUUCUUGGAGGGCUGAGAAUGGUUUUGGACUCCAGUUAUCUCCUUUCUUUGGAGUAUUGUUUACUUGAUUAAACACUGGCGUUAAUGGGCUCUCAGAUGACUCAUUCCCUGGGUGGGAAUUCCUCUGUAAUUGGACACGUGCUGACAGGUACCAUUAUCAGUUGAGGUAACACUGCUGUGUAGGCGAAGAAAUGUAAUUAAUUAUGCCUCAAAUACCUUCGUGGGUAGGCAUGAAGUGCUAAAACCAUGCGGAAGAGGGAUCUUUUUAAAAUAAGACAAAAUGUAAUCCUUUGAUUGUGAUUGGAUUAUUUGAAAUUCUGUUUUAAAGAGAGACAGGCUAACUAUUCUGGCUGUUCUUUUUAGAAUACACUGCUCUUCAGCCCAAAUCAGUCUUCCCCUCCAGGGGUUUGGGACUACAAUUCCCAUCAGCCUCAAGUGGCAAAGUCAUGCUGACUGGGGCUGAUGGGAAUUGUAGUCCAAAACAUCUGGAGGUCACCAGGUUGACAAAACAACUCCAAACAACAAUGAAAAGGGAUGUAUGUGGCAAAACAGGCUUUGGCUCACAAAACAUUAUGUUACUGUGUACAGUGGUACCUCGGGUUAAGAACUUAAUUCGUUCCAGAGGUCUGUUCUUAACCUGAAACUGUUCUUAACCUGAGGUACCACUUUAGCUAAUGGGGCCUCCUGCUGCCGCUGUGCCGCUAGAGCACGAUUUCUGUUCUCAUCCUGAAGCAAAGUUCUUAACCCGAGGUACUAUUUCUGGGUUAGCGGAGUCUGUAACCUGAAGCGUCUGUAACCCGAGGUACCACUGUAUUUGUUAGCCGCCUUAAUGUGCCCCCAAUCCUUGUUAUUGCUAAAAAGACUUAACAGCUCCCAUGCCACCUACUUCAAAAGGUUAAUUACAAGGAUGAAUAAGGAGACAUGGGUCACGUUGAACCUCAGGUGGGCUCUAAAUACAUCACUGCAGUAAACAAUAAGGGUUGUGAUUUCUUGAUGUAAAUGCACUUGUUUGGGUUUUACUGUUAUUGAUAAGGCUUUUUGUGUGUGUGCUCCCCCACACCUCAGGCUGCGCUGACCAAAUUGCUGCUGAGGAGGUCUUUGUGGCCUGCAAACCACACGUUGGCCGACUAUCACUACACAGGUAUGCUUGGGAGCAAGGCAGUGGGGACAGCUGCUUCUCUACUCUCCAUUUUGUUACUCUGAUAAUUACUUUUAAUGCAUUGGGGAGGGGAGGGGAAUAUAAUUUAAUUAAUACUGGGAGAGCCUUAAAUAUCUCUUUGGGAAUCAGCAGCAUUGGGUGGUGAUAUUACUGUCCUGCUUUUGCCUCAGUGCAUAGUGAGAUCAGUGCAAAGCUCACCUUCACGUAUCCCAAACUGCACAUUAAACAAACGCGUAUAACCAUGGAGGCAUGGUAUUUUAGGAUUGUUUAUUCAGAGUUGUUGCUUGCCAUGGGAUAACUUAGUUGGGAUUACUUAGCUGGGGUAAUUAGCAGGAACCACUGAAUCCCUAUUGCAGGUUUGAGGAGAAAACGUUUUAUUUCCUUAACUGCACCAAAAUGGCAUUUGAGAGUAAAACUGGUUUUGCAGCUGGAAUCACCAAAUGCGAUAUUUAUGGAAGAGUGAAAUGGAUAGAAUAAAAUUGUACACAGGCUGCCCAAACCCUGGGCUAACAGCUCACAAUUAACUAUACAAUACUUACCUUUGCUAUGGCAGAUACACUUAUCAUUGCUGUGAUAGUGGUGCUGAGGAUCCAGUGGGCUGCACUGAAAUUUCGAUAUAGCAGGGGGAUAGUAGAAUAUAAAUGACACAAAUAUGACCCACUCAAGGGCAGACAAGACAGCAAGAGUUAGGACGGAAAUGGAAUGAAUGAAUCGCUUACAAUGAUCUCUUCUAAGUAAUUGUUACCUGUGUCUGACAUCAACCUUUGGAGAGGCAAAUGGCUAUUGAUCAGGUUAUCAGUUGGACAGUGCCAGUUGGAAAGAAGGUUUUGUUCUCACCAGGACUAAUCAAGGUCAAACAGAGGCUUAUGUGUGCAAUGCAAUAAAUUACGUGUGUAAUUUGAAAUGCCAUAAAUACAAUGGUAUUGUAUUACCGUCUCAUGAGAACAUGUAAUUGCCUUUCAGUGAGGGCAGCCAGUCUAUAUGUUAGGGUGUGUACACCGGCAAAGAGUCUGUACUCAUUGCACAGUCAUCUGUAGAGCAAAGCUAAAGGAAGAAGCAGUUCAAGGACAGGUGCAGUGUGCAAGCUGUGUGCAAGUGUGUGUGUGUGAGAGAGAAUGGUAAACAUUUUGAACACCCACCCUGUUUGAUAUUUGGACAGCAGGGAGACACGGAGCAAAAUUGAAUUAUGUUAUUUGUCAAGUUAUUUUUCUGCAUUUUGCUGCGAAGAUACAAAUGGCGUAGAACAUCCACAAGCACCAUUCCGGAUCAUCAGUUGCUUCUUUGUACUUGUUGUUUUUCCUGUGGAACCAAAAUGCUUUCAUCUGGAUCCUGGAGUAUCUAUGACAACGCGUGGCUGAUUUCAAUAUAGGCUGCUUUUUAGAAAAGAUGCUAAAAAUACCCUUUUGUAUCUAAUGUGGUGUGUGUGAACUUGUGAAAAUGAUGACUAAAGUCAUGGAAUAAAGGAAAUGGACAACUAAAAUCUUAAGAGUCCUAGGUACAAUUUAAAUGAAUCAUUGUAUGGGUAUUGUCUGCCUCAUUAGUGUCAAAGUUAUCUAUCACUCAUAGACAGAAAUCAGCUCCUACUGCAAGCUUUACUUCUCCUGCGUUAGAAAAUGGAAGUUAUUUCUAAGGUCAUGAUCAGUACGUUCAUUUCUAAACCUUGGGUGACAUCUAACUAAGCCAUACUUAGACUAAAUCCACUGAAAUCCGUAGACUUAAGUUCAUUGAUUUCAGUGCAUUUACUCUGACUAAUAUUGGAUAUCUCCCCUUUCAUGAAAGGAAGAAAGUGCUUUUGGGUUCACAUUCACUCUUGCCCUGUAACACUGUGAAGGAGAAAGUAACACUAAACACUUCUCUAGUAAUCAAAGGGUUUUGGACUAUGGGUUUGAUCCUAAGUUAGGUUAUACUGGUAGGAACACCCUGUGAGAAGAGGUUUCAUUCAUGGGGAUGCUUCUGCCAGCAGAAGGAGAGGGAGGUGAUUUUCACCAGUCUCUACUUUCCCCCAGCAGUGCCUUUGCUCUGAAAAUUUAUGGCAGACGAUUGGGGGAACAGCAUGGGAGGCAGUGCAGGAGGCUGCAUGGGGGAGAUUGGUGCAGAAUUUCACCCCAACCCUUACUCCAUUGGGACCCUCCACUGGAUCCCACUUCCCUUAGUGAAUGGAAGGAGCCCUUCCGUUUGUUUAGGGUUAGAUGGCAUUCAAGUCUAUGUGUAUAUGGUUCAGCUUUGUCUGUUGUGGGAGUAUGCUAUCAUUUGAGACACACCAGUAGUGAGACUCACUAAAGUAUUUUGGGUAUGCAAUGGUAUAAUUUGUUUAAAGUAAACUAAAAAGGAGGGUUCUGUAUAAAUGCACAAUAAUUUUAUGGUGAGCGGGCUAGUUAAUAGAGGUAGACUACUUAAUACUAAAGAGUUAGCUAAAAAGAACACAAGAUUAGGGUUUUUUCCCCGAUGUAUAGCUUCAAAUAUGCUUGUCAUAGCAUUUUCCUACAAAAAGUUUUUAGAAAAACAGGUGUUCACAUAAGAGCAAUAACAUCAGUACAAUCCAGACAGGGCAGCAGAGAUAUGCAAGAGAUACACACCUUAACAAUAAAAUGUUUAAAUGUCUGGAAAUAAUCUCGAAAAGGUAAUGAAGUUGUGUUCCACUCUUUCUUUUCAGGAUCAGAUAAGUGGAGCACACUAGAGAAAAAGCUCUUCAAUAAGGGGAUUGCCAUCUACAAGAAAGACUUCUUCCUGGUUCAGAAACUUGUGAGUUGCUUGUUGCUUCCUGAGUGCAUUGCAAAAUCAUUGAUCUGCCGUUGCAGGACAUAUGCAGGUGUCACUGGAUCAUUAACCUUGCGGAUUGCUUCAUCCUCUAGCUGGGAACUUGUGUUCUGUAGUGUUUAUUCAAUGGAGUAUCUCACUGCCACUUUGGAAGGGAGAUUUUUCUGUAUACAGAUAAUCUCUCCUCAGUAGAAGCCUUUAUGCUCUCACAGCCAUAGUGCAGUGUGACAAGUUUUUAUUUUGCUCCGAUCUCUGUAACAACAAAAUAUAGUCACAACAUACUUCAGAAUGUAGUUUUCUGGAGAUGAUACCUGUGGAGGGAAAUAACUACAAAUGAAACAGAAGGAGCAUCAGUUGUGAACAAACAAAAAAACAGUGUGAGACCUGCAAAACACAUAUUAAAAUAUUAAUAAGGGAAAUUGAAAGAGGAAGGGAGCUGAAGGUGUAGUUUUGUCAGUAUCUACAUUGCCUGAUAUCAUUCAUCUAAUUCUCAGGGUGUUUUACACCAUUAUGUGAAAGAUGGACUGGACCAGUCAUAGGAAGGUGGUUGUGGGAAUUCAUGUUGGGGAGACUUGAAGUUUUGGGUAUUUUUUCCCCCUUACACAUUUUUCUCUUCCAAAAUUAUGAAACAUUGGAAGAAUUGUAGUCAUAGAAUUAUAGAAUUGUAGAGUUGGAAGGGACCUCAGGGUCAUCUAGUCCAACCCCCUGCAAUGCAGGAAUCUCAACUAGAUCAUACAUGGCAGGUGGCCAUCCAGCCUCUACUUAAAAACUUCCAAGGAAGCGGAGUCCACCACCUCCCAAGGGAGUCCAUUUCACUGUCAAGAGCGCUUACUGUCAAUAAUCCAUAUGCUUAGUUGGAAUCUCUUUUCUUGUAUCUUGAAGCCAUUGGUUCGGGCCCUAGCCUCUGCAGCAGAAGAAAACAAGCCUGCUCCAUCUUGCCUGUGGCAGCCCUUUAGAUAUUUGAAGAUGGUUAUUGUAUUUUCUUUCAGUCUCCUCUUUUCCAAGCUAAACCUACCCAACUCCCUCAACUGUUCCUCAUAAGGCUUGAUCUUCAGAUCAUCUUGGUUACCCUCCUCUUCACAGUGCUGAGAGCCAGUGUGGUGUAGUGGUUAAGAGUGGUGCACUCGUAAUCUGGGGAACCGGGUUCACGUCUCCGCUCCUCCACAUGCAGCUGCUGGGUGACCUUGGGCUAGUCACACUUCUCUGAAGUCUCUCAGCCUCACUCACCUCACAGAGUGUUUGUUGUGGGGGAGGAAGGGAAAGGAGAAUGUUAGCUGCUUUGAGACUCCUUAGGGUAGUGAUAAAGCGGGAUAUCAAAUCCAAACUCCUCCUCCUCCUCCUCUUGUUCUUCACACGUUCCAACUUUAGAUUCCCCUCCUUCAUAUUGUUAGCUUUCUGAGUCUUUGGAAUGGGCUAGAAUUAAAGUCUAUAUCAAUAGAUAAAGGGUGGUAGUCAGCUAAGUUGAAGACCAACCAUAAUUUUUACUUUUAUACCUACGUCUGAAAUCUUCACGUCAUCUGGGAGUAAGCCUUGUUUUAUUUGGCAGGGCUUUCCUCUCAGUAGACAUGGUUAGAAUUGCACUGUAAGUCUGUGAUUGAUGUUGAUCAAGCAAAGCACCAGACAGUUGACUGCAAGCCAGGAUACACUAUUAUUGCAUGUGCCCAGUAGAAUUUAUGAAUCUCUUCCUUCACUUGCAGCAACCUAUCCCCAUUCCAGCUCCCAUGUUGCAAACAAGCUCUGUAAGCCAGGAAACAAAAGGAAAAGUCAAAUCAUGCCAGCCUUCAGAAAGGAUAGACAUGAAUGAGCUCUUAGCAUUCUGGCCUGUGGCUUUGAAGCACAUAGGUGUGGGGGUGUAUGAGUGUGAGUGACAGACAUGUUUAUUGAUAUAUAUAUAUUUUCAUUUCCCUCCCAUUUCCUCCCUCGUCUCUUCCCCUCCUCCUCUCAAUAAAUUCUACAGAUUAAAACAAAGACUGUGGCUCAGUGUGUGGAGUUCUAUUAUACAUACAAAAAGCAAGUAAAAAUAGGCCGGAACGGGGCGUUGAUCUUUGGGGAUGUUGAUGGAGCCAGCGAAAAAGCGGUUAAAGAUGAAGUGGAAGUAGAUAUCAAGGUAAUGUUCGUAAUGUCAGCUUCACCCCACAAAAUUAUGCUGCCUACAGCUGUAACAUUUUGUGUAAAAUUGCACGAGACGACUAUGCACCCUGAGCGCACGAGUAGUCUGUUGGGUUCUUUUGUUCAUAAUUUUUAUUAUUUUCAUUAAACUUCGCAAACAACAAAUAUAACCACAAAAAUCAUGUCAGUCACAAGCUUCUGCUUAGCAAAGCACAGUAGAGAAGCAAGGACGGUAUCCAACAAUGUAAUUUAUGAGCACUCCUGUCUUGUACAUUCAUUUUAUCUUCAGGUAGGUGGCCGUGUUGGUCUGAUGCAGUCGAAAUAAAUAAAUUCUAAAAUUGUCCAGUAGCACCUUAGAGACCAACUAAGUUUGUUCUGGGUGUAAGCUUUCGUGUGCGUGCACACAAAAUACCUGAAGAAGUGUGUCUGAAGAAGUGUGCAUGCGCACGAGAGCUUAUACCCAAAACAAACUUAGUUACUCUCUAAGGUGCUACUGGACAAUUUUUAAUUUUUUAAAUUCAUUUUAUCCCAAUGAUCCUUUGCCUCAUGUAUUACCCCACUUUCAAAUGAGCAUUGCACGUAAGAAUACAAUUUAGUACAAGUAAAAUAUACAGCAUCAACAAAUUUAAUGUACUUUUAUACAAAUCAAGUAUAAGGAGCCUUUUCCAGUUUCCCAACACAUUUAUUAAAACUUGAUGUGUUCUGUUGGAAUGAUGCUGACUGGACUCCAUUGGACUUCUUAAGAUCCCCUUCCUGGAUUCUGCCUUUGCAUUGAUUUUUCUUUUAAAAAACUAACUUGCUUCCCUUUUCCGCUUUUUUUUUUUACUCUUAUGAAGAGCUCCCAUAGGCUUACGCGAACUCUUCCUCCCAGAACGUAUAACGAAGACUAUGAAAACACUGAUGAAGAGGACGAGGAAGUAGAGGAUCGGUUGGUUAUAAAAGAGGAAGAAGUAGACACAUAUGAGUUUCACGAGAAGAACAGCAACACCACAUACCCCAAACCCACACAGACGCUACACACUGAGGACCAGGUAAGUGUAGAAUGACUUGUUGCAUGACAUCUAGAGGGAUCCUGUGUUACGACAUGUUUUCCUGUAUUAUUUGAAACUUUCUAUUUUGUAAUUUGUUUUUAAAAACCCCAAACUGUUAAUACAUUUAAUUUAAUUUUAUAUUUACAUAUUUAACCUCCUUGCCUUAGUCACUGGAUUCAUCCCACUGCCAUAUAGAUUUGAUUGGUAAAAUCCUCAUCUCAGGCCAUUGUCCAGCAUCCACUCCCAUAGGAUUCCUAGUUGUUCCAUCUUGCAAUAGUUUUUCCUUCCUCCGAAGGUUGGUAGCCGCCUCGUGGAAAAACAGCAGGAACCUGGUGCUCCAAGAGCAGCAGAAGCCAGAGGCAGAACUUCAAGGAGGACAAAGGAGACGCCCAUUAAAUAUCGGAAGACUUCUCCACCUGCCCAAAAGAGAAAAAGAAAACCAAAGCCCAAACAGGACACCGUCAACAAAGCCCAGAACCAAGAGGAGGAAUUUCCAUGUAAAAAAUGUGGAAGGUAAGAGUGGGAAAACUCAGAAACGAAAACAAGGGUUCCAUUGUAUCUUCUGUACAGGAGGAAGUAAAAAAAAUUGUAGAACUAAAGAAGUGGUAGCCUAUUUUCUGGGGUGGAGGCAGUGUUAAUCAGAGUUUUAACAGCUCUGAUAAUUAUGUUAUUGUAGUUUUUCAUUCAGUCUUGUUAACUUUUGAAAUAAAAUAACUUUUCCUUUUUUUAAAAAAAAAAGGUGCUUCCUGCAGUUGUAGAGAUUCCUUAGUGUACAUGUGCAUCUUGCCAGAAAAAUGCCAUGGUCCAUUUCAGAAGUUAUGUACAUUUUGCCGAUAUGAAUGGUGUGAUUCCUGCAGAGAUGAGAUGCUUCAGGGAGUGUUUUAGAGGAGCCUUUCAGUCGACACUGAAGUCGUCAUAUUUUCCUGUAACAACAGAUGCUAGUUCAGGAUUGAACAUGUAGGCUUCUACUGGAGGUAGACUAAGAAAGAGAAUGUUUGUUGCCUGCAGGCUUCAUUGUGCUAGAAAGUGUUGUUCUCUGCCAGGUUUGCAUAAACCCAGUGAACUGUGAGCCUUACCUAGCACAGUGGUACCUCGGGUUACAUACACUUCAGUUUACAUACGCUUCAGGUUACAGACUCCACUAACCCAGAAAUAGUACCUCGGGUUAAGAACUUUGCUUCAGGAUGAGAACAGAAAUUGUGUUCUGGCGGCGCGGCGGCAGCAGGAGGCCCCAUUAGCUAAAGUGGUAUCUCAGGUUAAGAACAGUUUCAGGUUAAGAACGGACCUCCAGAACGAAUUAAGUACUUAACCCGAGGUACCACUGUACUUAAAAUGAUGAAAUGAAGAGAGUGAAAUCACUAUCCUUCUUUGGCGAUCACUAUCCCUUGUAUUCACAAUUGUGUUGGCUGGUGGUCAACACUGUUUUCCAGUCAUUUCCCCAGAUUCAAAAGAGGUGAAGGCUCACUGGCGUUCCAAGUUCUGUCUUCUUGCACUUAUUUCUGAAAGUGCCGUAGACAUAAUAUUGAGGGUCAGCUGCGUCUAUUUUAAGGAUGAUACCCUCCAGAUGUUGUUGGACUGCAAUUCUCAUCAUCCCUAGUUAGGGGCCGUGCUAGCUGGGACUCUGCAACAGUUGGAGGGCCACAGGUUCCCCAACCCUGAGGUGGAUAGAAGAUAGUCAUGAUACUUGGAUUUUCAAAAAGGGUUAGCCAAAUCUCUUGUUGAAGCUUGCUAAGAAAAUGAGCAUCAAGUAAGUAACUAGAAGAUCAGAAAUGGAAGGACGUAAAUCAACUGUGAAGAGAGAAAUCAGUGAUUUUAAGAUCAAAUUACAAUUGCUGGAGAUAGGGAGCAAGGUGCAGAUGAUUUCUACCUACAUUGGAGUAAUGGUGUUACUUUCACUUUUUUGUUGUUUGUAAACUUGCAGGCACAUUUGCAUAUGAGUAAAGCAUCUAGCUGAAGCCUAUUCAGUGCGUUAAUCUGCUAGCAAGAGAUUUUCUUUUUUAAAAAAAUAGCUGCUCAUAUCAAGUUAAGGACCAGUUGGAUGUUUCAAAAAAACAUUUGACCCAUGGGGAAGACCUAUACAAAGGCGCCUGACCCUUUCUGUGUCCCAGCUAGGUUCCCAUUGCUGUUUUCAGCAUAGAGCUCAUUUCUAGAAAGCAGGCAGCCACACAAUCUAGACAAUGUUUGGUGUAAAACCAGAGUGAAAAUCGUAACAGUUCAACAGAGCUCUUACUAAGUCCCAUGCUUUAUGAGAGGCAGCUGGCAUGUCUCACCUUGCUUAUAAGAUUAAAUUUUCAUUAGUCACCUUCAUGACUUUUUAUAUUUCUGUAACGAUGUUUCAUACUGUACGCCACCUUGCUAUUUGCUAUGGUGGCAUAGAAAAUGCUUUCAUAGACAAAUAAGAUCAUAGUCUGUUUUGUGGGCCUGUUAAACCUAGGCCAGUCAUGGAUGAUGAUGUACACUGGUCCCAGGUGACAGGAGGGUUAGGCUGACUAGACAGUUAAAGAGCUACUAUAGGUAGAGUCAGUGUCUUAAACAUGCACCAUGGAAUUAUUCAAGAUGCCUGUGCCAUUGCAUAAAUUGCUUUUGAAACUUCAUUUGGUGUUAGGCAGGAGGAAGUUGCUGUGCAAAAGAUUUUUUAUUUUUUUUUAAGGCAAGUCCAAAGUUUCCUUGGACAUAUGGAGCUAAUUAUGUGGUUGUUUGGAUCCAGACCAGAACUCACAUACAUAUGCCCCCCCAACACACUUACCUCUUUCCUAGGAAGCCCUGGACAAGAGACAGGCCCUGUUCAGCAGACAGGAUUAAACAAGGAGAGUGCAACAUACAUAUAUAUUUAUUUUGCUUGGUCUUUGAAUGGAGUUCGGGCUUUGCAGAAUGACAGGAGGCAUGUCAGUCAAGCCAGGAUAAUCACAGAAGCAACUGGGUGUACUAUUAUUGGAUAUGAUAUACCUUGAGUGAUUUCUCCCCUUAUUGUAUUUCGGUAACUGUGCAUCUUAUUCAGGGUUUGUUUUAGGUCUUAAGUUGUGCCUUUUUCUCUUUAAAGGCAGCUUACUGUAACAAAGAUACAUCAAUAGUGGCUAUUAGCAUAAAGCUAAGAUUGGAAACAACCAUGUUUGUUGAUCAGCAGGUGCCAGGGACAAACGGGAAAGCUCUUUCCACCAGGCCCUGUUUUUUUGUUAUCCUUUUAGGGGCACCUGAGCAGCCCCUGCUGGAGACAGAAUGCUGGACUAGACUCACCAUUAAUCUGUGUCCACAGCUGCCUGUACCUCAGAUUAAGUUAGUAUGUUGGCUAAGUACAAACACAUAGGUAAAGGAAAUCACAAGGGUUGAGUCCACAAUCACUUCACAGAAUCUGCGCUACAAGCACAAUAUGGUUUGCUACAGAUAUUGCAGCACAUAAUCAUGGAAGACUCAAGUUUUUAUCUAGGCCUCCCAGUUCACUUAUCCUUCCCAAUGGCCAACACUGAGCAUACAUUAAGAAAAACACGGGAGCAGUUUUGUUUACUGCAUUGCAGUUUUCACUGGUGACCUUGCCCGGGCAAGUUAGCAUCUUUUGGGGAGGAUGUUGAAUCUCUCAGAUUCACGAGAGAAACCAAGGUGAGCUAGAGUAAGUAACGGCGCUGUUAUGUGCUUUCCUCCAGAAUCUUCUACAAGGUGAAAAGCCGCAGCGCUCACAUGAAAAGUCACGCUGAGCAGGAGAAAAAGGCGGCGGCUCAGAAGCAGCGAGAGAAGGAAGAAGCAGAGGCGGCGGCGGCUGAGGCGGCGGCGGCUCGCAGCCGAGCUCAGCAGGUGGAAAGCAGCGACAGCGGGAGCAGCAGUGGCAGUAGUAGCAGCGGCAGCAGCAGCUCAGAUGAAGACGGAGAGGUGUAGCAGAGGGUCAUGGGUGGAGGCUGCUGGAGCUAGGCUGGCCCUUUGAACCUGGGAAGAACUUUUCCACUUGCUGCACGUGUGUAGCUCCACAUCUGAACAGACACCCAGCCCUCUUGCUUCCACUUCCUUCCUCGCCUCACUAGCACAGACUGGUGGAUUUUGAAAAGAAAAGGAAACCAUCACCUUGGAAGUUUCUACUUUUUAAAGAAAACCAAAAUUUUAUGAAUCACUUUAUUUAUAAAUUAACUGUUUCGGUACCUAUUUGAACAAAUGAUCAUGGCAUGGAAUUCAGGUUUCCUUCAGUUCAAAUUACCCUUCCAUGGGAUCUCUGGGAGUCAUGAGAGCAGUGCCGGGGUGAGGGUGGGGCGUCAGGGUGAGAAAUCUGCUGGGGCAUCAGUUCUUGUUCCCAUACUGUUUUGUCCUUUUCCAACCUCCAAGUUUUACCUGCAGUACCACACUCAUUAACUUUUUUCAUCUACCUGGUUAGGGCUCCAGCCAAUACAUGUUUUACCUCCUCCAUCCUUUGUUACGAGAAUUUCUUUUCCAAAGAUGUCCAGAAAAAUCUGGUAGGGAGCAGCCUCUGUGGGAUGACCUUUGAGAGUAAAAGACUUGUCUUUUCAAGCACAGGAAGCCACAUACGUUGCUAGCAUUAAUUCAACCUCGCCCUUGGCUGUUGAAUUUAGAAAUGGCAUGCAGGAUUGACCAUAUAUUUUGCACACACUUCUGGCGACUGGAGGCAGGGGCUGUUGCUGACACCUAAACUAUUGGAAUGGUCAAUAGUUUUGAGGGCAGAACACAGGCUUUUCUUACAGCUUCUGUCCCUGGGAUUAUGGAUAAAAGGAGCUCAGGUUAAUAGGAUUGGGGAUAGAGAAUCUUAGAGAACCACUGACAAUCUGAAUAGAUGAGAUUGAGUUAGAUGAACCAAUGGUCUGAUUUGGUGUAAGGCAGGUAAAUAAUACAUUGCAGCUACUGUGGUAUUUUUGCCAAAAAGUGGCAGAGAGGAAGCCUUUGGAUUUCACCCUGAAGCUGCCUAAUUAGAUUGGGGAUCAUGUUGUUUAUUUACCUGUUCAGUCCUUUUUCAAUACCUCCACAAAAGACAAGCUACUAAAAGAAAAAGAUUAAGCAUUGUAUGUUUUCCUUCCUUCCUUUUAAAAAAGGCUUUGAAAAUACCCUUAUGAGAACACUUGACUGAUAUAUUCAUUCAUUCCUAAGCAUUUUGCAACCCACACCGCUGUGCUUAUCAUUUGCCAACCAAAGAAGAACCUUCAUUCAGAACUUGCACAACUAGCACUCCAUGGACCCAAUACUUGUUUUUUUUUUUUAAAGCAAGAUAUCCAGCAUAUUGGGAGGGGGGAAACUAGACUUGCAGUGAUAGUGUCCCAGGAUCUCUCUCUUUGGAAGAAAACAUUAGUAAAAGUGGUACCUCUAGAUGUGAACGUAAUUUGUUCCAGAGGUCCAUUCUUAACCUGAAACUGUUCUUAACUAGAGGCGUACUUUUGCUAAUGGGGCCUCUUGCUGCCGCUGCACCGCCGGCACACGAUUUCCGUUCUCAUCCUGGGGCAAAGUUCUCAACUUGAGGUAACUCUUCCAGGUUAGCGUAGUUUGUAACCUGAGGUGUUUGUAACUCGAGAUACCACUGUACUUUAAUUGGCACCUGUGCUGUCAUUAACUGCAGUGUUUGCAGUUGUCAUCUUACACUGUGUAGAGAGCUAUCGCCACAUAUCAGCAGGUGAAAGUGUACUAGUUUUCCAUCUUGCAGUGGAGGGAGAAGCAAAGCAGAAGGCAUUUCUGUCCACCCAAAAAGAUGCCCUGUCAAGAAUUGGUAUAGAUAUACGUAGAGCACUUUAACUGAAAGUGUUUAAGAACACUUAAACUGAAAUGUUGCUGUCAGUAGUAGGGCUGGUUUAUUUAUUAUAAUGCUGAGGGACAGCUGUGAUGUGUGGCCACUGGGUAGCCCGAGGAUUAUGACUUUUUAGUGACUAUAUCUGUAAAUUAUAUUCGGGAAGGUCUGGGACUCAGCACUAAAAUUCCUGACUUCACAGAUCUAUAACCUCCUAGUUAUGCAAAUAAGAAUUAAUUUAUUUGCCAGUUUCAGUUGUCAAACUUGGUGUUUUAUUUGCUCCUAAAAUAAUGUUGAUCUAAAAUAAAGGGCUGUUAACUGUGGUGGAGGAGGAGGAAGUAAAUCUUCAUUAGCUGUUAGCAGAUGCAAGCCACACAAAUAGAUUUUUUUUAGCCCUCUAAAACUGUGAGGAAAGUGAAAGCUAAGAUGUUGAGAAUUUUGUAAACUGCAUUAUUAACAUUGUGCAUCGGAAGUUGUGAGUGUGUCACAAUGGGAUUGUGUCUUUGUGGUUUUCUGGAUCUCCUGAAAACUGCUGAAAUCACAACUCUCUAGAAGUGUACAUAGAAGUGAUGGAAAAGGUUGCUAUAAACUUCACCUUUAAAUCCUUAUUUCCCAUUGCCAGUGGCAAUCUGAUUGACAAGUGAUUAUUGAAAUACUUCAUCCCUCUGAAUAAAUUGGUUAAUUUGAUUAAAGCAUAAUAAGUUUCAAUCUAACUCAGCUAGAUUGCUGUUGACAUUCUGAGAGCUGAGCUGCAUGACCAGAGGAAUCGUAUAUAUUGUAGUUUUUACUGGAUUAAAAGUGUAGCCUCAUGAUUGCAUAUUUUAAUGCUGUCAUCCAUAUUUUUUAAAAAAUGCACAGACAGAGCAAAUACCCUUUACUUCCAACUUGGAAAAUGGUGGCCUUGGUUUUGCAAGCAGGAGCUCCCAGCUUUAACCCCUGGUAUCUCCAUUUAAGAGUUUACAAAGGCAGACCUAAGAAAUGCAUCUGCCUGAAGAUUUUGGAGAACUGCUGCUAGUCAAAGGAUACAGUAGUGUGCUAGAUGGACCAAUAGGCUUGAUUCUGUAUAAGGCAACUUAAAAUGUGUUUAGUGCUUCAUAAUGGAAAAACUUGCAAGCACAUAAAAAAUUACUGUCUGAACAUUUUUCAACUAGUAUAAUGCAAAUUCCACUAGAUUUCUUAUAGGAGUCCUUCCAGCACAUCAUAAAAACAGUCUUCAAUGAGAUGGGCCAAGUUUUGUGUUUCUUCCUUUUACUCUUUCUUUUCUUUUCUUUUUUCUUUUUCGUCCCCCCCCCCCACCUUUUUUUGGCAGUUUCAGAAAUUUGUCAAUGCAAUCAGACUAUUUUCUUCACUCCUUUGUUUUGAUUUGAACCUUUGGCAUUCAGAUUAUAAAAAUUUGCACAAUCAUUUGUGAUACACCAUAGUAAAGAAGUAUAUUUUCCCCCUUUUAAACCUGGCUCAUUCUGAGGUGUUUAGCUUUUAAUUGCAUCUUCUAGAAAUGUCUUGUCUCAACUCUUAUUUUCUUUUCUUUCUGCACUUAACCUAAGACUUAUUCCUGCCCCGAGGCGCAAAAAGCUUUGUUAAGAUCUUCACUAGAAAACUGGACAGAAAUCUGCCCCUUGGCCAUGCAUUAAUGCUCUGGAAAAGAGGUCUAGAUAAGAAACUGAUAUUUUUAAUUUUUUUUAAAAAAACGAUGCUUUAAAUGUGGGAAUGAAAUUAAAAUGUUUUAUGCUGAGAGAGACUAUAUUUUAUAAAAGUUAACAAAGUAGCCAGUGGGCAUUUUCUUGAAAGAAAAAGGUGGUGUGUGUGAAUCGAAGUAGCAAAUCUCUCUUCUUUGGGGCAGGGAAUGUACAUGUGAUUGAUCUGCUUCCUUCCCAAAUACAAUUUGCACAAUCUAGCACAGAGCAGUUCGGACUUCCUUGUGUCCUGUCUUGUAGCUAUGAAAGAAGAGGCUCCACAGAUAUGACUUCCAAAUCUUAUUUAUAGUAUAUGCAUAAGAAAGAUCACGAGUCAGUCUGAAAAAAAAGUUAAUUAUCCCCAUCUGUUAAACUUUGCAGGAGAUAAAUUUUUAAUGGUCUAUUUUUUAUUGUAACAAAAUGGAAAACACGUUUAUAUGGGAGUGGAUUCUGCGUCAUGUCUGUUUCAAAGGCAUGGGACAUAAUCCAGUAGAUUAGCCAUGACUAAAUCCAAUUGAAAUAAAUGGCAAUUCAUAGCAAGCUCUGAUUUUUAUUUCCCAUUCCAUUGUUUUUGGAUGGCCUUAGGCCAGGGGUAGGCAACCUAAGGCCCGGGGGCCGGAUGCGGCCCAAUCACUUUCUAAAUCCGGCCCACAGACAGUCCGGGAAUCAGUAUGUUUUUACAUGAGUAGAAUGUGUGCUUUUAUUUAAAAUGCAUCUCUGGGUUAUUUGUGGGGCAUAGGAAUUCGUUCAUCUCCCCCACCCCCCCAUAUAGUCCGGCCCACCACAUGGUCUGAGGGACGGUGGACUGGUCCACGGCUGAAAAAGGUUGCUGACCCCUGAUUUGGCUAUGGAUGCAAUUCAACAAAUUAAUAUUGACUGUGCUCCUUUAAGCAAAAGCAGAACUGAAUUGUCUUUAUCCCCUGUUCUUAGCUUCCUUUUGAUGUACAUGGAGGGGCAGAGCACAAUUAUGCCAACUGAUGCUAAACUCUGCAUUUUUUUGCCUCAAUCCUGUGGGAGCAUCUUAAAAUGAAAACAGUGGAUGUACAAAUGUAUGUAUGCAGGAGAAGUAUGUGCAGAGGCAUCUUUAGUGUGAUCAGAGAUCCACACAUGCAAAUUGUGGGAGGAGUUAGCAAAUGCUGUCCCCUCCAUUAUGAAACAGAGGCGAGAACAAAGUUCUUGUGUUCUAUAACACUGGAUUUCAAGUAUUGGGUCACAGUCUAGCCUAAGGUGGAUCUAAACAGCACCACUUCCAUAAAUCAAAAUACACACUAAAAAUUAAGUAGUUGUUCCCCAAAUACGGCUCCCCCAAAUUAACUAGUGUGUCCCAAAUCCCAAAAGGUUGCUAACUGCUGUCUGAAAAUGAAUUUGCUUCAACACUGGGUGGGAAAUCAGUGGUUAUAAAUGCUGGGUUUAGCGUGCUUGGUUCCAAAAUGCUCAGCGCCAUCUUUAAAUCAUUGCAACUGUUCCUCGCCUUGGAUACCUACUUCCAUUAUCUUGAUUUUUCCCAUAUUACAGUGCAUCUAUAAUUGACAUUAUUUUAUGGCCAGUGGUCUUCAUUUGGAGUUUGAGGUUAUUUUAGAAACUAGCAAUAUCUCUGUUUUAUGUCUUAGCCUGGUCAGUGGAAGUAUUUUAUAGUCCGUAGCUGUCAACUAUUUCCUUUUUUUAAGGGAAAUCCUAUUCGGAAUAAGGGAAUUUCCCUUUAAAAAAGGGAAACUUUGACAGCUAUGUUAUAGUUAGGUCCUAAUAAACGAGAAAAUCCUUACAAACAAGUUCACAAAAUGUAGUAGCCCACAAUUUUUGACCAGUCCACUUAGCCAGCCAUCUUUGUUAAUAAUUUGUGGCUCCUUUUAAUGACCUGAAGGGGUAUGGGAAAUCUUCCUGUUUCCAAAUCCUUCCCUGCCUGGUUACCUUGCAGCUGUUUCCCUUCACCACAGACAGUCAAGUGUGUGGCUAUCUACAAACCUGGAUGUAUGGCUCUUGAUGAUAACCACUGCUGCUAUUGAGCUGCCAAUGGUAUGUGGAGAAUCUGGCAGACUCCCCACUUGGUGCCUUUCUGUUGAGUAAUAGUCAACAUCCUGUGAGAGAGGAUGUUUAUGAAGACGCUUUCUUGAGGAUUAGCUGCAGCUCUACAGUAUGAUGCAGUUUCACAUUCAGCACAGCACUUUAAAAAGUUAUUUUCAAGGCGGUCAGUGAAUUUGGGAAACUGGCUUGGUGCUGCAGCAGACAUUUCUGAUUGCUGCGCAUCCUUUUUUAAUUGAAAAGGAACUGGACAGGCAAAUAGUUUCCUGGCUGAACUGCAUUCCUGUAAUACCACUUUAGUCAAAAUAUGCAUGUCUACUCAGUAGCCAGCCUUACUGAAGAGCAGAUAAGUUGCUUAAGGCUGCAAGUCUAAGCCCAGUUAUUAGGGAGUCAGACCUGGAUUUUGUGGCAUUCUUAGAAAACAUGCUGCAUAUCCCAAUUAACAUAAGAUGGUUGAAGCUUCAAAUUAAUGCCCUCUCACUCGCUGGGAAAACACCAGCUUGCCAGUCCAUGACCAUGUUUUGUGGUAGCAUAACCAAGCAAAUCACUGGUGUAGAGAACCAUAAUUUCAGUUAUCUCUUGCAUUUAAGACAGUGAAGAGGUGGUGGGGUGUUUAUCUGUAUCCACCUGGCUUUGCUUCCAUUUUUCCACCUGCUAGCAAGGGAUCUUAAAAGUGUAUCUCAAAGGGUAUAUUUUUAAGGCUUUUUCUGUUUGUCAGUCAAUACUUGUGUCCCAAGACUUGCCCAAGCACUUACUUCCUCUACUGCAAGUUCACACAAAUGGUCUUCUAGUGAGCACUUUCAUAGGAGUUAAUUCAGUAUUUUUGGAGGAUAGGGAAACAGCACAAACACUUCUGCUUCCUUGGCUAUGUCUCUUCCCCCACGCACCCCCCCCCAAGAACCCCAGAUCUUAAACCCAUCCACUGGGUUCAGCUGUUCCUUUAAUCCCUUCUAUAUGCCGCUAUGCUGGAGCUGAAAUCCCCCCAGAACAGUGACUGCGCAACUUCAUUCAUUUCAGAGGGGCUGCUCAGAAUCCCUGCCCCAAGCUGCGUUGAAAUGAGUGAAGGUUGCGCAACUGGCUGUGGUGCAUGAUAGGCUAUGCCUCUAAUCUCCAGCUGCUUACAUUUUCUUUCUCUUCUGCCCCGACCCACCCCCUUUCUGGAAUAUGGGAUAUAUAUCAACAGCUGAACCUAUAAAGAUGCCCAGCUGCUUAUCAUGAGAAAGAGGUGAAUAUAUAUUUUUGUAAAAUAUAAUUGUGGCUUUUGUUUUUAAUACCACCUCUUUUUUUUGCAUCUUCCAAGUUUUAUGGUUGUUCUGAAGCUCAGAUUUGGUACAAAUUGGCUUUCCUGAGUCUAUGUUUUAAUUCGUAAUGCUAGAGUUUUUGUGGUGUACAGAAAUAGUCUGUCUUUGUGUAAUUAUUGUAUAAAUGCUUUUUAUCAAAAAAUAUAGAGCUUUUAUUUUAACAAACAUGCAGGAACUGCCUUUUGUGUAUUUACUGCACCUUUUAAAAGACUGUUACAUAUUAAAAUAUUGUACAUACAAAAAUAUUAUAUACCUCUUAUGUACAGAUGUGAUAGACAAUUUAUUUUUGUGCUUUUGUUUUUUUACAAAACAUUAAUACACUAAGUCUUGCUGAUGUGAUUUAAUGUACUCAUGUAACUUAUUUACUUCUGAAUGUUCCAUUGUAUCUUUUCAAACCUUUUAUUAAAUAAGGUUU